AUGGCGGCAGCCGCUGCUCUGCCAGCGCAGUAGCCUAACCCUGUGGUUCAAGAGGAAGCUCUGCCUGAAGAACCCACCACAAGACAGAUCAGACAAUGCCAAGCUCCUUAUGAAUGCAUUUGUGUGAGGUAGGAGGGUGAGGGGCACACAUAUCUAUUACUUUGGUGUGAUUUUGGGGCAGGUAGCAAUGGAUCCCAGUUGCUUUAGGCUCUCUGAACUCAGAUCCAGCAGUUCAAUCCAAGACUGGCGGUGCGAGGAGGGAGGGCGGGGAGAGAGAAAGUUUUAUUAGCAGGAUGGUUUUCAUUUGGGUAGCUCUGAAGCGUAAAAUGAAGGCAGGGCCAUAUGGCUGUUGCAGUGCCAGUUUAUGUCCAGCAGAGGGAGUCAGAUUAUCAGAUUCCUCUGCUGGUACUUAAUUGGACUUUAAGCAGAAGGAAAGUAGGCGGCAUCCAUUAACUGCUUGCAUUUUGGGGUAGCAUUUUUCAAGGAUGUAAAUAAAUCCAGGUUUCCAGUAGCAUCUUUUUAAAAAAUGGGUUUGCUGACCAGCACCUAAGUGGGUGCUGUAGAGGGCAGAAAGAGGGUUUCUUCUGCUCUGUGUUUAGGUCACUUUCUCGUAAUCAUAGAAUCAUAGAAAUAAAGUAUGGAAAUAAAGGUCUAGGGUGGUUUCAUUAAUCAAAGCAACUGCUCCUGACUUGGACAUAUGAGCAGAGGCCAGGCGAGCUGCCUUGAUCAGAUAAUGCAUGGUGUUCUGGGGAAACAUGUCAUCGUCGUCUUUGGCAAUCGCUUGUAGAAGAGUAAGAUUGUCUUCCGUGAACACGGUCUUAACAGUGAGUCCAUAAGUGUCUGUGGAGGCCAAUUCUGGAUCCACACGUCCUUCCACAGCGGGGACAUAGGUUUCCAGGCAGGAGUUGAUCAUGGUGAGGGUUUGCCAAACGUGCCUUCCUCUUAGCACGUUUCUCCCUUUUGUCCUGAGUUCGAGUGUCUUCAAAGUCCAUGACACCUUUGGUAAAGGCUGUUCUCCAAUUAGAGCACCAUCAACGGUGUCUCUGAAAAUUUUUACAUAUCACUUGGGGGGACAUGUGUGGUUACCAUGACCAGGACUGCAAUUGUAGGGGUAUCUGUAGGAACUGUACUCGGUACAGUUGUCAGCUGACCAUUGGCCCAGUUUUCCUGCUACUGCAAAACCAAUAACUUCUUGACAAAUCCUCCAUGUGCAUAAUUGCCAGCAAUUGAAACUUCAAAAGAGGGAGCUCUAAAUUCCACUCCUACCUGAAAAAGCCCAUACACGCUCUGCCCCUGCUGGCUGACCCCCGACCUAUGUUGAAAGAAAAGCAAAUAAAUCUAGGUACUGAACUAUUUGCAUUCAUUUCAGAUUACAUCCCUAAAUCUUUGUUCUUUAAAGGAAAAAGACCAAGACCAGGUUAAAAAUGAACACAGCUUCACCCUUCCUGUUUUGUUUUGCUCUGCCCUCAUCCACCAGUUUGUUCCUCCCCCACUCCCACCAUGUUUCUGCUUUUGAUGGCACAAUAACUUAAGAGUAUGUGGGAUUAAAGUGGUUUAAAGGAAACUACUAGGUGUUUUAUUGAAAGAGCACUGUGGUCAGUGGUCAGAGCAGUAGAUUAAGAGCAAGGAGACGUGGGAUCAAAUCCCCAGUUGGCUAUUAUUCUCACUGGUUAACCUUGAUCCGCUCUCUCCGCCCCGUCCUACCCCCACAGAGCUGUUGCGAUGACAAACAGGGAACGAAGAACCACUGAGAUCCUUGGAAGAGGAGUGGGAUAAAAAUGAAAUAAAUCUAUUUGUUUACCUCCCGCAGAGAGAAACUUGGCAGCCUCCUCUGGCUGAAGCAGCAAAGCUAAACAUUGCUUUCAACCUCCUCCGCCUUGAUCCUUUAUCCUGUGUGUAGAAAUCAUAGCUGAUGCAUAAAGACCAGGGAGCCCUCCUGAUCCCAGCACCUUUUAACAGUGACAGUGCUAAGUAAUGAGUACUUCGGAGACCUCACUGGGAAAGAACUGGCUUCUUUCCAGGUUAAAACGUUAAGUUUCAUGACUUACAGAAUCUGCCGUUUUGAGAUUUGUCAGCCCGCUUCUAACAUGCGCUGAGUAUGAAUCACUGAAUUCUGCCUUAAAUAGAAGAGAAAGUGACUGGAGAUUUCCAGAGAGGGAGAGGGGGCUGAGAAGUUGCCUUAUUCAGCUGCUAUUUUGCUUUGGAUCAGCGGCUUCCCCUGGCUCUGUGCUGGGUUUUAAUAGGCAUCCUAGAGAGGCAAGUCACACAACGCUUGUGAGAUGUCCUCUGAGGGAUUUCAGAUGCUAUGAGCUUGCGUACUCGUUCCCCACACAGAACUGUGGCUCCCUGCAUUCUGUAUAGUGAUGUUUUAUUUACAGCCUUGUGUGCCAACAAACAACAAUAUCCAAAACAUUUUUGCAUGAUCAGAAUGCUUCCCCCCAUCUCCAUCUUUAGUUUUGUUUUUUCCAAAUAGGCUACAUGGCCUUAUGCCAAGCACUUUUUAUACCAUACUUUCCUGCCACUUUCCUUAGCUCCAAUAUCUGACUUUUUUUGUCUUCUUGUUGCCCAUUCUGGAUGCCACUGCCUAUACAUACAUAGCAUGAUGUCAGUUUUGUUGCCUGUGCACAUUCUGGAACAGGAACUUCCUGUGCUCCUGGUCCUUUGUUUUUACAGAGUGCUUUCAGGGGCUGGCUUCACCUGGGGAAAGCUCUGCAAAUUUGAAAGUAAAACAAAAGGACUUGCUGUCAUCAGAGCUAUUGACCGUGGAUUUAUGGUCCAGUAGACUUUGGACUAGCUGUGGUCAGCGUGUGACAUCUGGCUUGUGGGUGUCCUACAUUUUGGCAUAGGAACACAGUGGUCACCCAUGAAGAACUACGGUCACUGAAGAAAGCUGAGCUCCAGAGAGGGGCCAUAACUCAAUGGCACUCUGUAUGUACUGCAUUUGCAUGCAGGUUCAAAUGUGAGAUCUCUCUACGUUAAAAGGGCCUUGGGUAGCAGAAAUGGGAAAGGCUCCCCAUGAGAGUCACAUCUUGGAGAGUCACAUGUGGACGGAGCCCACUGACCUUUCUAGCUCAGUAAAAGGAGCUUCAUGUCUGCUUGACGGCUAGAAGCCUUAUUUUCAGUGGGGAGAGGAUUGCUCUUCUCCCCCAUGGUACCAAUGUUAAAAGGGGAAUUUAUGCAUCCUUUGCAGGUUCUGUUGUUCAUCCUGCCUCCAUAGUUGUGCUUGGCCUGCUAUAUUGAACUACAGUGGUACCUCUGGUUGCGAAUGGGAUCUGUUCUGGAGGCCCAUUCGCAACCUGAAAAGAAUGCAACCUGUGUCUGCGCACGCACUGGUCACGAUUUGCCGCUUCUGCGCAUGCAUGUGACAUCAUUUUGCAUGUCUGCACAUGCACAAGCGGCAAAACCCAGAAGUAACCCUUUCCGGUCUCCAUGGGAUGCAACCUGAAAACGUGCAACCUGAAGCAAACGUAAAAUGAGGUAUGACUGUAGUGAGACAUUGGCAGUGUCUGUUAAUACCUGUGUUGUGUUGCAGUUGCACAAAACACAUUCCUGCAUACUGUACCAUGGAAAAGUUUGGGCACCCUGCAAAAAAGCAUUUCAGAUUCCUUCGCCAUGUAUUGGACAGGAGCUUUUCUCUGUUCUUCCCCUAAAAGUAAAGGUAAAGGGACCCCUGACCAUUAGGUCCAGUCGUGACUGAUUCUGGGAUUGUGGCGCUCAUCUCGCUUUAUUGGCCGAGGGAGCCGGCAUACAGCUUCCGGGUCAUGUGGCUAGCAUGACUAAGCUGCUUCUGGCGAACCAGAGCAGCGUACGGAAACGCCGUUUACCUUCCCUCUGGAGCGGUAUCUAUUUAUCCACUUGCACUAGGUACAAAAACUCAUUUCUCUUUUUUCCAAAGAGAAAUUGUGUGUACACCAGGCAUAGGCAAACUCAACUCUCCAUAUGUUUUGGGACUACAAUUCCCAUCAUCCCUGACCACUGGUCCUGUUAGCUAGGGAUGAUGGGAGUUGUAUUCCCAAAACAUAUGGAGGGCCGAGUUCACCUAUGCCUGGUGCUGGCCCUGCCACUAGCUUUCAAGCAUCUUGGCUGUGUGAAGCAGCUGCAGUAAAAAUAAUAACCAUGACGCUGGUGAAGGUGGGGGCUGGGAAUUCCACAGCUUAGGGGCUGCCGCAGGGAAUGCCCUCCCCCGAUUAAUAAAGCGCCUCUUCAGUUCCUGAGCAUGUGCAGAAUGCUGCGAGUGACCCACAAGCACCUCCCACCUCACAAGCAACAGCGAGGAGAUCUUUCAGAGGCGAAACUAGGAUUUCCAGAAGGAAGGACGGGGCUGUACCAAUCCUAUUUGGCGGGGCUUGGGCGGCAGCUGCGCAAGGAGACGCCGCCCUCCUGGGCGCAACAUCCGCGGAGGGCGCGGCGAUUUCGGCGCCGCGCUCCGCCCUUUCUCCUCCAGCCAGGGGACGCGGGCGCCGCACACCUCCAAUAGGGGGCGCGCUUACGCCGAGCAAGCGCCCCCGACGGCGCGCAUGCGCUUCUACCUAGCAGGCGGCGCGCUUGUUGAAUGGUGAGGCGGGAGGGGGCAGCAGGGGGCGGGGCUUGCGCUUGAACUGCUGAGCAGGCGGAGCCCCGCCGGAGAGAGAUAUAUAAGGGCUCCGUGGGUGCCGGCGGCGCUGCGGCUGAGACGGGGCGGCGGAGGCUGCUCAGUAGCUCCGCCCUUCUCUGAGGAGGUCGCGCGCGGGGACCUUGCAGGUAUUGCAUCCCGUCCCUGGUUGGAGUUGGCGGUGGGUGAGGAAAGGGAAAGUGAUGUGGCUUUUCUGGGGACUCGUGUGGGCAGAGAAGGGCGUCGGGGUGACAUGAGUGCCUCUUUCCCCACAUAUCCCCACCCCCUUCUCCAUCCCAGUCAUGCUUUAGGUCAGAUGUGAACGAGAGUUUGUGCCUCUCUUCACUCGCGCCCCCCCUUGUACUUUCCCUUUCUGUGUUUUCCCACGCGCUUCUCUCUCUCUCCCCGGCUCCCCGUGGCGCAGGAGUGUGUACUUUAGGAAGUCUCCUGGGUGCCCCCCCUGUUCUUUUUUCCAUAGGGACGUCCUCUUGCCGUGGGGCUGGGGCGUGCCCCCUAGCCGUGCGUUAGCGGUGUCUCAGCGAGACUAGCGUGUUGCUCAUGGCACCAGGAUGUAACCGUCACCCUCGGUUUCCUGCGGCGGCUCGGAGCAGGGACGUCCCGUUUCGUGGGUGUGAUGGCUGGUAGGGAUCCCCUCUUGAGCCGAGGGAAGGGGCUGGUGCUGGAGGCCCCCGUCGCAGGAGUGAGUCUCUCCCGGGGCUCCUCGCCGUCAAGGGUCUGAACCUGGACAUGCAUGCGCCCGCACACGUCCCUCCUGGCUCCCCGCUCUUCUCCUGGGCGUCUAUUCUCGUCGUUCAUCUAAAAGUGUCUCUGAGCUGUAACUUAAUAUUGCAGCAUGUCCAGGAGGUCUGAAUUCCAGAAGGGCUGUGAACAAGCAUUGCGCCUGCGGCGGUCAGUGUCGAGAUGGCACAAGUAUGGCUGUUUCUUCAGUGACUUUCAUAGGCUUUCUUAAAAUUAUGGGUCGUGUUCCUGAUAAACUUUUUUUUCCUGUGUUAUCAAGCGCAACUUCAAAAAACCCACAUGAGGUGCAGUUGGCCCUUGAGCUUGGUGGCCUUGUUUGUGAAGAUUUGUGGAAAGCAUUCCACAAUAGAAAUGUUCACUGGGAGGGGCAGAUUUUUCAUGCUUUUUGGGCUUCCAAGUAUAUUUGGCUGGCUGCUGUUAGAAAGAGGAUGCUGGCCUUGGUCUGAUCCUGCAGGGCUGCUAUCAGGACCACCUAGAAAUUCUGUGAGAGUUUGCUAUUAACCUCUAGACUUCUUCUGUGCAUAUAUAUUGAGCAAAUGUGUUUAAUAAUGAAGGGGGCAGACAUAACCUGUCAUAUUUAUCACAAAUCCUUGCCUGCUUUGGAUCAUGGAGUAAAGACCCAGCAGCACCCGUUACUGAUGUGAAGGGAUGCUUCACACAAGCAAAGGAGGCAGGCACCUGACUUUAUUUCACUCAAGGCUUUUAUUUGAUGACCCUCUUCAUUGUGUGAAAGAAAAAAGUGGUGGCAGGAGGGAUGGGGGGGGGGGAAGCAGGAGGACUGAGGGAAAAGAACUUUUCCAGGAGUUGGGGAGAGAGUGAGUGCAGCAUUUUCCUGCUGGUCUAUUUAUUGCUCAUCCAGCUCUUUCCUUCCUUGAGGGCUGCCAGCUGAAUCCACAAAAACAAAAAAUAAACUUGGUCAUCAUCUGGAGAUAUGCGCACAAGGGGCAAAAGGGGAGAAAUGGAGCCUGGUGCAUCCUCCAUUCCCAUGUGACGUUAUCCAGAGAGGGUGAGGACAAAUAUCAUGAGGUUUGCCAGGUGCUGGAGGUUUUAAUAUGGCAGCCUCCUAGGGUGGAAUUUGCUUUCCCAAAGUCCAGGAAGAGCUGUUGUGCAAAGUGAAAAAAGUUUCCGCUCAGUGUUUCUCAGCAGUGUGAUGAAGUGUACUUCUGAUUCCUUUUGUGCCUGGGACCAGUAUUUUUCUUUUAAAACUUGCUUCCUUGUGGAUAAGCGUUCUUUUAGUAUUUUAAUUCUGCAAGAGAAUUGGCAGCUGCUUGUUAAAAAUGAGAAUUUGGCAAACUUUAAUUUAGUGCUGGCAAAUGUGUAGAAAUGUAUCCGGAUUUAAAACGACAACAACCGCAGCAGAUAUUCUUGCUGUGCCGUUUUAUUUUGCAGGGUAGUCUUCGUUUCAAGAAUGCAUUUAUUUAUUCUUGCCGCCCUGGCUGUUCAGUUGUCUUGUAAUGGGCUAUCUCCUUUUCUUGGUUCUUCAACUUAAUGCACCUCAGCCCUGCCCUUCCCCUGUUAUUCUUGCCUUCUGUCAGGCACUUCCAGGAAGUGCUUUAUCAGUGCAUAGACUUCUUAUCCUGCCAGAUGGGCUCCUUGCAGUCUAGUCUGGUCCCUUAGACCUGAGCUGGGUAGGGGGCAUUAACUAGGCAGCAGCGUGGCACACAACCUGAUUCUGCUCACUAGUGAUCUUCUGAAUUCAGCUUGAUUUCUGUUUCUUUUUCACCAUGCCUUGGCUUUUUCCAAACUUCAUUUACUUAUCCUGAGAGCAGCUAGCUCUUGAUGCCCCAUUCAUUUCACUGUUUUUCAGCCCAACGGGAAUCUCUUGUGGGCCACCUUCUGAGGAGGGGGACAUGCCAGUGAUGGGCAGGGCUGUGGGCAAAAGUGGGCAGAGCCCAAUGGAUGUUUCUCUACACUGGGCUCUGUUACAGCCGUGCGAAAGACAGAGCGGUUUCUGCAUUCCCACCCACACCAUCUCUUCGUCCUGCUCCUGGGCAGCCAAGAGGCAUUGCAGCUCAAGGAGGGCGUGGAGCAGGACCAACUGGGUGUGUGGUUUCAAUGGGGGGAGGCAUGGGAUGGAGAAAGUCCCAAGGGCUGGAUAGAGAGCCAUGCAGGAUUGCAUUGGGACCCUGGGACUCAGGCUUACAGGCCACACAGCAUGUCGUCUAAGCCUUGUUUGCUGUGUCCUCCCUGGAACUGCUUGGCUGAGGUUGCCACGGGUUUGUAGAUGCUGUGUGGAAACUUCAAAGCAGGCAGAACAACUCCUGAGCGAGCGCUCACUGUGAGAGCAGAGGCCCGAGGGGCUGUUCCUUCAGCCCAGUGGCACAAGGCUCCGUCCAGGCAUGUUUUGCCGACUCAGCCUUGGGAGGAGGAGGAGGGAGAAAUCAACGCUCCCUGCCUCUUCCUAGCCGAGCACAUUCCUUUGCCAUUCCCAUGGAGAAGAAGGUAUUAAGCUGCUGCUGAAAUCCCUCCAAGCUGAAGUGUCCCAGCCUGGCAGGGAGGGAUGGUACAAGCUGGUACUCUGCCUGUGAGGGGCUCCACCUUUGUCUGUCUGGCAGAGGGAGCUCUCCGAGAAGGCCCUGCUGCAGCUCUUUGUACUGGAUGGGAAGGGGUGUCCUAGAUCCCAGCCCAAAAUAACACUGUCUUCCUGGGUUGUGUUUCUGUUUUUCUCUCUCCCUUCCCUUUCUCCUUUCCCCUCCUGGAUUGUCCUGAUUUCCUCUGUUUAGACCCAGCCAGGAAGUUAUGUUUUCAGCACUCAUUUGCAUCUCUCCCAGUCCUGAUGAGCAACCACUGGAAUAUGGCAGUGCUGUCUUGCAUGCCUUAUAUAGACAACAAACUGCCUGGGGAGAAUGGGAGGGGAGGGUGAAGGGAGUAUUUUGUGUCCAGAAGGCAAUUUUUGAUUGCUUUUGCUAUAUAGUAGGGGUGCGUUGACUGGGAAACGCCAAAAGCAGUGAAGUGCCAUAGCUGCACCUAACAAAAGCCAUCUCUUAAGUAAUUAGGAACAAAUUGAAGGCUUUUCUUUUGGUGCCUUGAUCAGCCAGCAGCUGCCUAAAACACAAAGUAUAGGAACAGAGCAAUUAUUCUGUCUUUCCAUCCUAAUCCCUGGAUCCCCCCCCCCCCCAUUCUUGAAUGUUCAUAUUAUCAAGUUGGAAUCUCCUAUGUCAGCUGUAGGGGAUGCAUUUAUUUUAAAAAAUGGCACUUGCAGACCCUACAAGCACUUCAUGAGUUGUUACUGAUUGAUACGAGCGGGGUCAGACUCUGUCUUGUCCAGAUUAAAAUUGUGCUAAUGGCCUCUGUUUGAGGAUGGGGGGAUGAUAACUAAUUCAUAUCUGUUUUUUGAGUGAGGGCUUAAAUUGGGUUGGCCUGUGGGGAAGCCAUUUAGACUCUGGUUGUGUGAAUAGGUUUCACGUGCCAUUCUAGUGGCUGGACGUGGCAAGUCCAUUUACACAACUACUUCAAAUGCUUACAGUGGUGCCUCGCAAGACGAAAUUAAUCCGUUCCGCGAGUCUCUUCGUCUAGCGGUUUAUUCGUCUUGCGAAGCAACCCUAUUAGCGGCUUAGCGGAUUAGCACUAUUGGCGGUUUAGCGGCUAUUAAAGGCUUAGCGGCUUAGCGGCUAAAAGGCUAUUAGCGGCUUAGCGGCUAAAAGGCUAUUAGCGGCUUAGCGGCUUAGAAAAAGGGGGGGGAGCGAAAAAAAUCUCAAGACUCGCAAGACAUUUUCGUCUUGCGAAGCAAGCCCAUAGGGAAAUUCGUCCUGUGAAGCGCAUCGAAAAAUGGAAAACCCUUUCGUCUAGCGGGUUUUUCGUCUUGCGAGGCAUUCGUUUUGCGGGGCACCACUGUAUAUUGAUUCGAGCUAACCAAGCUCAAAAUGAGCCCACCCAAAGACGAGGUGGGAUUUGCCCGGAAUAUGCAUUUCAUAUAUGAUUCCUGCAUACAGAGGUUCUCGGUUUCACAUAUAUUGUCAAAACGAGGAAAACAAACUUUUCUGUGGUAUUGGUAGGCCGAGUCCUUGGAAAGGAAAUGCUUCCUCAGUAUCUUUGUGUGGUGCUUCCGCCUCUGCCAUUUAUUGCCUGAUGCACUAGGAUAGCCUUUGGGAGUUUAGACUAAAGACAGUGAAACGUAUUCUCUGACAUCUCUAGGUAGGUCUGGGAAUCUGAAACCUAGUGGAGACCUGAUUCCAGUCAGUGUAGACUAGAUGUGGCCCUCUGGAUGUUGCUGAAUUACAACUUCCAUCAUCCCUUGCUGGGGCUGAGAGGAGUUGCUAUUCAGCAAUGUGUGGAAGGCCAAAGGUUCCCCACACCUGGUGUAAACAAUACUGAGCUAGAUGGACCCAAUAGUCUAAUUUGGUAUAAGGCUGCUUCCUUUGUCCCUAAAGGAAAAGCUGAAGAGCAUUGCUGUGGGGAGGAGGCAGGGAUGGGCUGGGGUAGGAUGAAGGGCAGUGCUUAGGCCUUGGUGCCAACUUCCAGGGAAGGAGCUUUUACUUCCCUUUGCCCUCACUUGGGGCAGCCAAGGCUCUACUGUGUGAGGCGGAUGUUUCCUGUUCUUCAGUUGUCCUCUCCCAGCUCUCCUGUCCCUUGCUGCAUCACUUUUAAAGCUAAUAAUCUCUUCUCCUCCCCAGAAAUGAGUGACAUGGACUCAUACAAGGUGCUGCUGGAUGGGCCGGCGCCAUGGGGCUUCAGGCUGCAGGGUGGCAAGGACUUCAACAUGCCACUCUCCAUCUCCAGGGUAAGUCAUGAAGAAGCUCUUUCUCAGGGAACUAUGCUAGUCCUUGCUGGUCAGCCAUGGUUGUUUUCUUCCGUUGCUUCCAUUCAUUUCCUAGGUUCAAGCACUCUCACAUCUCUGUUGUGUGCUGGUCUCUUUAUCACAAAGGAAAAGAAAGGCAAAAGGUCUCCCCACACCCACCCCGCCCAGAGCUGCCAGCCUUCUUUGCACUCAUGAUGUAAUGAGAAGGUCCUCAGCAUUCAGCCUGUUACUUGAUCUUGGGCUCCUUGGGGCUCCUGCGCUCUAUUUUUGGAUCUGUGGCAAUGGUUCUUGCCUGUGGCUGGGUGGAGCUAACUUGGGGUUUGUGGUAAUGUGAAUAUGAUAUUCCGGCUGUUCCAAGAGUGAUGCCAAGGCGUGUAACUUAGUCGAUCUUAAUGCCAGCUUCUAGGGGACAGCAAUCUGGCUUUGACUUGUAGUUGGCAGCUGAUUCUGUUGGUACCUAAUCAAUCAAACCUCUCUGUCCAGAUGAUGCUUUCUUUAGGCUCCCCCUUCUUCUUUUUUGCAUAUUCAUGAAUCUCCUGUUUGGGUGAAGUGGGGCUGACUUCUUUAGGAUGAGAAAUAAGGCACACAGUCUCUCCCCUCUGGGUGGCUUCUUGGGAUCUCCACCCACUCUCUGCUGGAGCAGAAAUGAAAUUCAACCCCACACUCCUAGCCCAGGCACCGGGAGAUGCCAGCAGUGUUUGUUUCAUCUUCUAAAUGCCUUCUGCCAGAACGUCAAGAGCUGACCUUUAGCCCUGGAUAGUGGAGUGCAGAGUACGGCCAAGCAGGCCCUACUUUUUCCUGUGCUGUCAAUGAGGCUCAAGGUCAUGCUGGACCACUCUCUGGUUGACACUGGUUCGAAUCUCGUCACAUCCAUAAACACACAGAACAGUUUUAAGGCUUGCGGCUGGAUUAGAGCCUUGGCUUCCCACCUGCAAUAUAGGAAUCAUAGGGGCCUACUUCACAGGGUCGCACUGAGGAUGUGUGUGAAGUGCUUCCAGCACUUGAGCACCUCGUAGCCAAGCACUAAGUAUUCUACUUCUGUUGAAAUUGGCAACACCCUGCCGCUUAGUAGUAAUAAUAAGGACUCUCUUGAUGCUCCCCAUUCUUCUUGGAACUGGUAUACCCCAAGGCUUUCCUUCUGGGCUUGAAGGAGCCCCUGCUCAUCCUGGACUGCCAACCCAUGAGAGCCACUCCUGACCUGAAAGCUCCCCUUUGGACUGGCUUGGGUGCUCGCAUGCUGGACGGCUUGCAGACAACUCCUGCUCUGCUCGCCUUUUGCCUUAUAAGCCUUGGAAUGCUGAGUGCAGCCGCUGCUGCUGUUGCUGACGCUUGCAGCCGCUUGGCAAAGCGGAAUGUUUCUCUAUAAACGAGAAGCCCCAAGGGCUGGAGAAAGGCACCAGAAAGCCCCCUCUCCAUUGCUCCACAGCCAGGCACUUUCCCCACCCACAUGCUGCUUAUAGUCCUCCACAUCUUUUGCAGCACCAUCUCUUCCCCGCCCCCCCACUAAUUGGUUUCCCCAUCAGUUGUGUGCUGGAGGUUUUGUUUGUACUUUCUCUGCUGCUCUGUUCCUAGCUAUUCUUCCCAGCCCAUCUCUGGGGACGCUCUGCUUUCCUGCUUGGAGGGCUUUGUGCUGAGGCAGCCUCCGCUGUUUUUGUUCCCUCACUCUCUCCCUUUUUUAAAAAAAAGAGUUUCUCCUGGCUCGCGGCCAAUCCUUAGCAAAGCCCCUGCCUAGACAGGGGAGAGCCUCUCUGCAGAGAGACCCCAGCUAGCGCCUCCCGCAAACAUACCAGAGGCUAGAGCAGCAGCAGCAGCAGCAGCACCCUUCCCCUCCUUUCCCCUGUGCUAGCAUGCCACAGCCCAUCCCUCUUGCAAGAAGUAUGAGAGCUCCUUUGUGGCCAGGCCUUGAGAAAGACUUUCCUUCCUGUGCUCUUUGGGGAGGGUGGCUUGCUGCGUUUGGCUGUGGCUAUCACAGGAUGGCCAGGGCCUCACUUGUUAGGCCAUUGUGCUAAUGCUCAGGCAGCUACAGGUGGCUACAGUCAGCCGGUACUCCUGUGGUUUGGCUGUAGGCCCUCCCUUGGCAAGGCUCCUGGCAUCUGUAGCAGCUUCAGAGGGAGUGUUGUGCAAUGUUCCCUGUCCCACUAAGUGAACUGGGGCUUAGCUGUUCUGGGCUGUUGUGAUGGCAUUUUAGGUUCCAGGUUGCGGUUGCCAAACCGAAUGUCGUCUUGCCAUUUGGGGGCAAGGCGGCUAAAGUCUUAUUUUCUCAGUUAAACUUCUUUGCUAGAUCAGAUGACAACCUUGAGCUAGGUUAAGAACUUUAAGAACUUAGAAAAGAAAAGUCCCUUUAUCCAGGGACAGUCCACAUAUAUCCCACCUUUUUUACUUAAUGAGGACACAGACCAUUCAUAACGUAAGAAUAUUCUUCACAACUGUGAGCAGGGCAGUAGGGUAGGUGAAGAUAAGAUACAGCAAUUAGCUAUAACGUUGGUUACAGCUCCUGCUCAGGUGGCACAGAAAAAGCAUUUUGGUUCCUGAAAUUCAUUCUGAUUGUGCAGAUAAAAUAUAACUGAUAGAAUUCUACAGGAUGUGGUAUUAGCGUGUGAAAACAAUCCAGAUCCAAUGAUUUCCAGGUAUGCACCUCCAGGUGGUGGAGAUGUCAGGCAUCAUCCUGGCACCCAGGCAUCUUCACUUGGUUGCAAGUCGCUAAUAGCCAGGUGCAAAAUGCACCUGAUAACCUGGCUAAUUUAAAACACUGCUUUUGUCCUCCACUGUCCCAGACCUUGGGGAGGCGGCAGUAUUUUUUUACCACGCAAUGCACUUUUCUCUUCCUGGUUGAGAGAUGUGGGAUUUAGCAUUCCCAUUAAUAAGAAAUGCUAAACUUUGCAAAAGUGCUUCCUGAUUUGAUGCUGCAUGCCAGAUGUCAGCAGACAGGUGUGAGAGAAGAAGGCAGGGGCUUGUAAAAGUAGUGAGAAUUGGGUAGAAGGGUUUCUCUUCUGCUAAAAUAAUUUGCUAGGCCAAAAUUAAAAAACAGUAAUGCAUAUGGUUGCAAUCUAUAUUAGAUAUAGGGGGGGGGGAGGCAAGGAGAGAAGCUCUGGUGGUGGAGGGGGGCCUGUUGAGUAAUAGGUAGGAAGCACAGCAGUGUGAAAUGUCUGUCUGGUUGUCUGAUGCAAAUGCUUCUAUCUCAUGAGAUGAAAGGCCUUGCAUGGAAAAUAAACAGGAAGUAGGGCGAAAACAGAUCCUGCAUUUAUUGGGACUGAGCCUCCCCCAGUGCAAAUAUUAGUAACAGACCUUGUAGAGCUGAAUACACCUUGAAUCUGACUGCCAUCUUCAAAACUGCCAGCGGUGUUGACUCUUAGUAGGACCUAAAUAAAAGGUAGUACCUAAAUAAGCGUUUUGGAAACUCUUAAUACAAUCUAGAGAAUAGUUGAUUUCAUCCCCUAAAAAUGGAAGAUCAAAUGUUUACAGCAGAAUACCUAGAAGAAUGUGAGCUCAUAGCUCCUUUAUGCUUGUUCCUGUUAAAACAUUAGAUCCCUUGCAACUUGGUAAUCUCAGAAGGUGCAAGGGAUAAACUGGCUUCACUGUUCCUCCAGAGUUGUCUGAAGACUGCCUGGGCUGUGUGACGAGGAUUGUGAACACUUGGCUUCUGUGCCAAAUCUGUUCCCUUGAGGGACGAUACUUGGCUCCUGCAGUUGUGAACCCAGAAGCAAAGGAGGGAUGUAGAAGAGGAGGCACAGCUGCAGCAGUGGGACUUGCCAGAAAGCCACUGUAGGGAGGUUGGGUUGGGCGUUUGACCCACUGCACCCCUUGCUCAAUGCAGGCCUCUGGCAAAACCAGUUGCUGUCCAGGGUUCUAUGUUAAACAAAUUGGUGGCGUAAUCUGCAGGAGUGGCUUCCCCAUACCAUACAGUACACCUCUUAAUAAACAGGAUAUGGAACAUAUUUGCAUGAAUGGGUCACCUAGAGCUGGGGUGGGGAAACUGUGCCCCUCCAGAAGUUGCUGGACCACAGCUCCCAUCAUUCCUGACUUGGCCUUGCUGUCUGGGGCUGAUGGGAGCUGUGGUCUAAUAAUCAGGAAGGCUGGUCUGGAACAUCCCCCUUGGAUCGAAGCAAUGGAGGAAUCUGUGGAACAGGAAUAGAGAGCUUAACACUUGUCCAGCUUUAGCGCCGCAGGGUGGGUAUUAAAUAAAUGUUGGCUAGUUGCGUUAGGAAGGAAGCUACUGGCUCGUUAGCUCAAUGCCUCUGAAUUAACGGUUCAUGGGCUGUGUGACUGCUCUGUGCUGCCAGGCUUCCUUGAGCUCAUUGUGAACUUGUGACUUCUGCAUACAAGAAAGAUGUUCUGUGAGUCACACACUGGCAAGUAGGUGAAAUAUCUGGGGUGGUGAUGCAACUGGGAAACCGAUGUGUCAGAGUGGUCUUCCAGCUCAUGUACAGCCUUAGGAGCCCACAUUAUUUUGCUUUUAUUCCUGCAUAUUUGGGACAGGACAAGCUGUCAGGCCUAGAGCAGUGUGGGGAGAAGGAAAGUCCUUUGCUCAGGUUCCUAGCUGUGUCCAUUACAGCCAGAAAUGACCUGCUCCUUCUGUACCAAGCGCCUGUGUCUUUAACUUUUGGAAGUUCCUUUGAAGAGCCACCUAGAGAGGAGCGACAGGGAGGAGGGUAUUGCAGUGGGCACACAUUUCAGGUGCCUGCUGUGGUGGAAGGAUGAGGCCAUGAUGGGUGAUAGAAAAGAGCAGGUGCAGUGAUUGAUGCCUGGCUGGUUCAGCUGUCCCAAGGCUGAGUUCUGAAAACCAAGCAGAGCUGCUGAGGUCAGAUGGAGAACAGGAUAAAAAUACACUCCUCGCUGUUAAAAGAGGGAUGGAGCAAGGUGAGCAUUGUCCAAGGAAGCCCAUUGGCUGGGCCCAGAGGGGUGUCUGCCCCAUGUACUGCAGCUUGGCUGUACCUUCAGAGGCACUUGUGCUAACUUGCCAAGGAACUGAGUACAAGGCUGUAAUUUUGUUGGGAUUUUGACGUUUUCCCAAAGGCUAGGAUAGAUUCUGAACACUCGCAUUUCAUUUCAUUACAGCUGUACGAAGAAGAAGAAAAUGCAGGUUUCCAUAAUAGCUGCUGCAAAGCAGGGCUGUGUGUAUUCUGUACUCAAACAGAGCAAAAUCCUUCACUUAAAAAGCAGAAUUCUAAAUCGGUGGUGGUGAGACUCUAGCUGCCCAGAUGUUGUUGGUCUACAGCUCCCAUCAUCCCUGACCAUUGGCCAUGUUGACUGUGGCUUAUGGGAAUUCGGAAGGCCAUACGUCUAAAACCAUGCAAAUCGUGCAAUAUUGCAUUAUCUUUGCUGCUUUUGUUAGUGAUGAUGGGGCAUGAAGAAGUCCUUCCUGACCACUCUGCAGCUCCAUGAUAGAGCUCCUCCUUUGCAUGCAGAAGGUGGCAGGACCAGGUUCAGUCCCCAGCACCUCCAGUUUGGGUUUGGAAAGACUCCUGCCUGGAUUGGAACCCUUGAAAGCUGCUGCCAGUCUGUGUAGACAGUACUGAGCCAGAUGGACCAAUCGCCUGACUCGGAAUAAGGCAGCUUGCAGUGUUGACUGCAGAACACAAACUACUUUGAAGCAACAUGGAUUGAGAGUAGCCAGGUCUGUUCUUCUCUUGCUUUGAACGAAAUUGUUUUGCAAAAGUAAGUUGUCAGCUCUCUGUGCUUGAGAGCUGGUGGCUCUGUGAUUGCUGAGCGGGGGAGUCUGUGGCUUCUUGUUCCCAGCAACAGAGCUGGUUAUGUUUGCUGGGAGUGAGUUGGCUCAGGUUUCUAAAACUGAGCAGCAGCAAGCAGGUGUGGGCCACCCCAAUGUGAAGGUCAUUGAAAUCGAGGGAAGAGGAAAGGCCAGAGGGGUGGAGAUUGAAGGAAGGAAACUGCUUCCCCCCUUUGGUGAAAACCAGACUCUUUUUGAUGCAAGUUGGCUCCAGGAUUGAAACCCCACCACAGGCAGGAAGUGGGGAAGAAAUGCCUGUUCCCACAGUGACCAGCCACCCUCAUUUUUUUCUGUACUGGUGGGGUGGGCAUGGGGGUGGAGGAGGCCAGCUAAGCUUGCUGGCUGGGAAUAGACUGGCUGUCCUCUGGGGCCAGGGAACGGCAGAGCCCCGAACUUCCUGCCCAGCCUGGAUAAAUGCACACACAGCGCCAAAGGGGUGGUCGUUUUUAGACUUGCUCAUGUGUAAUAAGGCAGGAAGGAAGCAGGAAGGAGGGAGUGGAUUUGACUGUGCCAGAAGAUGGAAAUCUAGUGCAUUUCUGGAUUAGCUGUACUGCCCAGCCUGACGUGUUGUGUUCUCUCUUUCUGACCAUAUAACUGCUGUGGAAUGACCUCUGUCUUUUUAUCCCCUGUGAUUUCAGAUUUUGGGAUUGUGGGGUUGUUGAAACUUGUCCUAAUCUCUGGAUGUGCUCUUUGUGUAAUGACACUACCAUGUUAAAAAGCAAAUUAAAGAUGCAGGAUUUUGCAAAAAAAAAAAAAAGGGAAUGAAGUGUUACAUCAGUGAACCAGAUUUAUUUUUUUUUUAAAUGAUAUUUAUUAAGAAUUUUAGAAUUACAAAAAGAGAAACAAAAAAGAAAAAGAGAGAGAAAAAAGCAAAAGAAAAACAAACCACAAUCGAACAAUACAAAUUGAUAAAAAUCAAAAUAAAAAAAUAACACGACACAAUCAAAAGACAAAAAUAUGCCACAAACAUUUAAAAACAAAUCCAAUAUUCUCAAAUCCUUAACUGUCAUUACCUUCUUUCUUUGACCUCCUCACUCUUCCCUUUUUUUUGUAUCCUAGUUGUUAAUUGUCACAGCAAAUCCUUUCCAUAUUUCAUAAUAUUCUGUCAUUACAUUACCUUAAUCUAUUUUAAUCUUAUCUUACUAUAAAAGACCUUAAAACUUAAAACUUAGAUCCUAUUUAUACCAAUUUCUCCUAACCAUAAUAUUCUUACAUAAUUCUUUAAACAUUUUUGCUAAAGCCAAAUAAUUUCAUUCCAACAUUUUUCUAACGUUCAUCAAUUUUAUAAAACAAUCCUAAUAAAUUUUUUUUUUCUUCUUCCGAUCUUCAUCCAGCAUCUCUUCCUCCUGGUCCCGGGUUUUGUCAGUCCUUUCUAUCCCAUCAAUCUAGCGCAUUAACCUGGUAAUCUUAUGUCCGAGGCCCUUGUCCCUUCCAUGUCCCAUCCGCAGUUCUUCUUCGUAUUAUACCUGUGCUUUACUUUGUCUCCUGCUCCUUUCACUCGUGGGAACUCCAGCUUAACAGUGUUUUUGACCCUUCUCGACAAAUCAGCCCCUUUUCCAUAGUCCACACUAAACUCCAUGUGGUAUUUAAAAACAUGUUUCAAAAUCCCUCCAGAAUUAAGAGCCCCCACAACCCCAAACAUCUCACGGCCCAUUGCCAGACUUGAAAAGUCCAAACAUCCCUGCAUAGGGGAGUCUAUCCAACCCCCCAUUUCCAAACCAAACCAAACUUUAUCUUUCCAAAUCUGGCUUUUUCCAAGUUCAUUUGUCAAGUCCAAGAACUCAUGUUCCUGCUGGGCCACAGCUCCCUCCAUCUCUGGCGCCCAAGGUUCAACAGCAUCCUCUUCCCUCAUCUGUUCUGUCAGAGCACACUCCUGAUUUGAUUCCUGGGUGGGCUCUAUAUAGUUUCCCACUACCUGUCCAAAAUUUCUGAUCGCAUCAAGUCCGUCUUCUCAUGUAGCUGUUCCAGUAGGGCACUUGUUUUACAGAAAGCACGCAGCAGAGCUUCUGAGUACAUUGUUCUGCAAGGUCAGAAGUCUAUUCCCACGAUCGUAAUCUAUUGCAGCUGCAAGCUCCCCGGUUCAGAAUUGGUAACAGUUUCACAGGCUCCCUCUAGGGGAAGAGCUUCUAUUUGUUCUUUUAAAGACAGAUCUAACAACAAAGUUUCCUUUUUCAGAUAUUUUGUCAAUAUUUGUUCCUUUAAAAUGCGAAGGGGAACAAUGGAAUCACUAUGUUUCUCUUCUUUUAACUAUCUGUCAAAGACGUUUGUCUCUGGUCAAUGAGCUUCCCAAAAAACGUCAGUCCUGACACCUCGCUCCAGGAUCAAGACGGUGGAAAGUUACUUUGCGUUACACUCUCUUCUGCAGGUUUAAACAGUCCGGAAAAAAUCCCCCCUCUUCUCCUGCUUCCGAAGGGGGUUCAACAAUUUUAAAUGAUGAAAGUUAAUCCUUUGCAGGCGAUUUUCUGAACUCUAGUUUGCCAUGUCUUUGCUUUAAUCUAUCUACAAGAAACGGAAGGCUGACUUCCUGUUUAGACCUUCCCGUUUCAGUGCCAAAUUGAGGUAAAUUUCUUAGUCCAAUUUUCCUUUCUACUCACAAAUCAUUAUUUGAAGUCCAAUUGUCCGAAAUUUAAGUACUCAUGGGUAAUUGUUUUAAAAGCCAAAUUGUCCCAGGAAAAAGGCAGCGCUCUCCGGCAACAGCUGUGCGGCUUCGCUCCACGGAAGAAGCAGUUGACUCUCAGCACCGCGCCACUUCCCCCUCUUCACUCCGGAGCCCGUUAGUGGGUUCCUUUGCGGGUUGGGGGGGCGCUAAAGGUGCCCGCUGAGUCCCAUGGUCACAGGCUUCAUCCGCCUGUGAUUUUUGAAAGGGUCCCCGCUUCGCCGUAGCGGGAAAGACCCGUUUCCCGUGGAGCUGGUCCCUCCAGAUCAAAGGGUGUCCGCCAUUACCGAUGGCGCCACCCCGGAAGUCUCGGUGAACCAGAUUUAAAACAAUAAUAGUUUCGGUGUAUGUGUGGAAACGAGGAAAUCCUCCUUCUAUUUGAAUAUAGCAGUUUGCCUUUCCCUGGCCUUGCAUUGUUCAGCCUUCUCCAACCUGGUGCCCCCGGGUGUUGUUGGACUCCAACUCCUAUCAGGCCCAAUCUGGGGAUGAUGGGAGCUGUAGUCCAAAAUGUCCAGAGGGCCACAGGUUGGGGACUAGGCUUCUCAUCCUCCAGGGGGAGCCAUUUGCAUGCCAGGCCAGGCACCACCUUCAUCCUAAACAGUGAAAUGACCCGAUUUCUAGACUUCCCACUACCUUAUGCCUGGGAAGCAUUUUCCUCAAAGACUCUUGGGGAAAAGGAUACAUUGGCACCAUAUAUAAAGUUGGUGGCAUUGUGCCCGCUGGGCAUAGCCUGUCAGAAUUGCCUGGUGGGGUGAACUGAACAGGUUGGGAGAAGGCAUAUCUUGGUGCACAUCGACUCCAGCUGUCAUUUCCCCCCAUUUGAAAGAUCAGAAUUUAUGAUCUGGCUGCUCCAUCCCUCGGGGGACUCUUGCAUUCCACCUAAAGUUGCACACAUUCCUCCACUUCUCCCCCUGUGUAUGGCUCUGUCCCUGGGAUUCUUUCCAUAUAAAAAUGAAAACACAGGAGCUGCCUGGAGCAAUAGCCCUAGCACCAUAAGCCUUUAGCCACAGCAAGUUCCUACAUACCGUAUUUUUCGCUCUAUUGGAUGCACCGGACCAUAGGAGGGGGAGAACAGGGGAAAAAUUUUUUUUUUCUUGUUCUUCCCCUCUAAAUCAAGGUGCGUUCUGUGCGUUCAAGGUGCGUUCACCCGAAGCCUCGGGAGCCUUUGGGUUCCUUUAGACCUGCUCUUUGGGGCUCGCGGGGGGGGGAGGAGCGCUGCUUUCCCCCACCGCCAGCCCCAAAGACCAGGUCAGGGAACAGCGGGAAGGCGCCUCCCCGCUUUCCCCCCAGCUUGUGGGGCUGGGGGGGGGCAAAGCCCCACUUCUCCCCACCGCCAGCCUCCAAACCAGGUCGGGGAACAGCAGGAAGGCGGCGCUCCGCCUCCCCGCUGUCCCCCGAGCUUGUGGGGCUGGCGGUGGGGAAAAGCGCUGCUUUCCCCACCGCCAGCCUCCAACUCCCGCCAAGCUCCCAAGGUUUGCGGAUAGCUUCCUGAAGCCUGCAUUUGCUCCAUAGGACGCGCACACACAUUUCCCCUUCAUUUUUGUGUGCGUCCUAUAGAGCAAAAAAUCCGAAUGUCCCUUAUAACAUGGGAACCAUAUAUAGCAGCAUGUGGUUUUCUUAGUAAUUUAUCUUUUGUUGCUGACAGCGAAUUUGUACUGCUAGGGGCAUACGAUUCGCUCUAUUCCUGCUUCACCAGGGGGAACACCUUGGCAGAGCUCCUUUCAAGUUCCACCCUUUUAGGGUGCUUCUUUUCCAGCCCUCCUAGAGCAUUCUGUCCUCAGUAUUUCACACGGGUCUCUUGCGAUGGGCUGUCAUGGUGUUGGUACAAAGCCCUGAUAUUUCAUCCGGAGCUCUGUGUCAAGGAAGCGAGAAGUUGCUGCUGGGCUUUGCAGGAGGGUUUGCCAGCCCUCUGAGCUGCCUGGAGAUCUAGCAGCAGACACAGAUUUUCCUUUUAUGUUCAUGUUGAGCUGGACUUGGAAGAAUACUUGGGCUUCCUCCAAGUGCCAGCAGAUCUUCAUCCCAAGUGAGCAGGGAUGGUUGAAAGCUGUAUCACCCCUGGAUGCUCUUAACCCCGGAUGCAGUAGUUUUCUGCCCUUUCAUACGACUAAGAGGAUGUAUUAGCUGAGUUGGCAAGAAGAGGGAGAGGUUGGCUGGAGUGAUACUUGAGACAUUUUAGUGAUGUGCCUAAGUGGCUGGUCCUUAUGGUGCAGCGACUUAACCUAAACCCGUGACUGUUUAUUUGCCACCAUUCUCAAGUCAGGAGGCAUAUGGUUAAGGGGGGAAUAUCUAGAGGAUGUUGCCCAGAGAAAUGGUUGCACUGUCCUCAGGAGUAACUGGCCCUGCCCCAGAGAAAGCUGGUAAAAAGGUAAAGGACCCCUGACCGUUAAGUUCAGUUACGAAUGACUCUGGGGUUGCGACGCUAAUCUCGCUUUACUGGUCGAGGGAGCCGGUGUUUGUCCGCAGACAGCUUCCGGGUCAUGUGGCCAGUUCGUCAUGUGGCGAAACCAGAGCAUCACACAGAAAUGCCGUUUACCUUCCCGCCGGAGCGGUACCUAUUUAUCUACUUGCACUUUGACGUACGGCCUAGGACCCUCAUACCUACGGGACCGCCUCUCCUGGUAUGGCCCACAGAGGAACCUACGGUCUGCAAAUAAAAACAUCCUGAAGGUCUCAGGCCUCAGAGAGGUUAGGCUGGCCUCAACUAGAGCCAGGGCUUUCUUGGCUGCGGCUCCAAUCUGGUGGAAUGCUCUGUCACAAGAGACUAGGGCCCUGCGGGACCUGACAUCUUUCCACAGGGCCUGCAAGACAGAGCUGUUCCACCAGCCCUUUGGUUAGGGCGCAGCCUGACCCUCUCCUCUGGCAACCUGCACAAAAUUUUGCUUAACGGUUGCCAUCAAUUUGAUUUUAAUUAAUUUUUAUAAUGAAAUGUUUUUAAAAUGUUGGAUUAUUUGAUUGUUUGAUUAUUUGAUUGUUGUUAGCCGCCCUGAGCCCGGCUUCGGCUGGGGAGGGCGGGAUAUAAAUAAAAUUUAUUAUUAUUAUUAUUUCGAACUGCUAGGUUGGCAGGAGCAGGGACCGAACAACAGGAGCUCCCCCAUUGUGGGGAUUUGAACUGCCGACCUUUAGACCACAGUGGUUUAGACCACAGUGCCACCCAUGUCACUGAGAAAACUGGUAUUAAACCAGUAAAUCAGAAGUGGGAGCACAUAGUGCUUCUAUUCCAAGCGACUUCUUUUUGGUUCUGGACAAAGUCAAUUUCAGCCUUUAGGGGGUUAGGCAGGCAGGAAAGCCCUGAGUGCAGCUUCUCCCUACACAUUUGGUCAUAGUGUUCAAUUGUCCAAUUAUUGUUUUAAAACAUUAUUUAUUCAUUUGUCAUUUACUCCAAAAAUGUAUCUCGAAGAGACUUACAAUUUUUUUUAAAAAAAGCUUAGAAUACCAACUAUAAAUACCAAAUAAUAAAAAAGAUAAAAUACCAAAUACAAAAAAAUGAUUUGUUUUAAAAAUUAUUCACUAAAAGUGCUCAUCUUACAGCAGAACUAAAAGGACACAUCCUGCUCAACUAAAAGAUGGACAUCAGUUCAGCACAAAAUUAUUGGGUGAACAUCUUCACCUCGUGCCUAAAGGCGGAUGGUGAUGGCACCAGACACAUCUCUCUGGAGAGAGCAUUGCACAGUCAGAGAGCCACCACAGGCAUCCAGACCAUCCCUGAUGCCAGACACUGGUCUAGUGCAUCCAAUAGAGUACCACCCACUCCCAGCUAGGACAGCCACCUGAUGGAAGGGUUGCCAUUAGGUAGUAGCUGAGGGAGGGCCAGAGGCUGCUGGCUUCUUAGCAGAGGCAAUGAAAGAGUGUUGGGGGGGGGGGGAGCCCUUGCCUUUCUCACCAGGUGCAUGCUGGCCCCUGACCCACCAACCACCGUCCCAUGCAUUCCUUGGGGCAGAAAGGCUGGCUUCCCCUGCUUGAGCUUGUCCAGCAAUGACCAUCUUUGGGGGGAGAAGAUGAUGUCGGUGGGGCCGAAAGGGUCAUGUGAGCCAUGCUCUUCUUCCUCUGGAGGCCCCCUUCCCACUCAAGAAUUGCCCCGAGGGGUCCUGCAUACAGUGGUACCUCUGGUUACAUACUUAAUUCGUUACGGAGGUCCGUUCUUAACCUGAAACUGUUCUUAACCUGAAGCACCAUUUUAGCUAAUGGGGCCUCCAGCUGCCGCCACACCGCCGGAGCAUGAUUUCUGUUCUCAUCCUGAAGCAAAUUUCUUAACCCGAGGUACUAUUUCUGGGUUAGCAGAGUCUGUAACCUGAAGCGUAUGUAACCUGAAGCGUAUGUAACCUGAGGUACCACUGUACCUGGGACAGUCUUCCAUUUCCCAGUGGGGAGGGCCUCCCACAGCAGCAGAGGAGGAAAGAGCACCACUGCCUUUUGAAUGCUAGCCAAGGCUUAUCCUUGGCCCCUCUGGUGGUUUCCCCUCUGCCGAUCCAUGGGCUUCAGCAUGCAUCUGAUGGCGCUGACACCAGGCCCACGGGCGUAGCCAAGGCAGAGCGGGGAGGGGUAGCUGCCCCCCCAUCAAGUAAACAAUAGAAAUGCUUAACUAACUGAGCAAUCAUGUUGGUUCUGGCCCCUCCUAACAAAAGUUCUCCCCCCCCCCCAACAAAAACCUGGCUAUGCCCGUGAUCCAGGCCUGUUCUGGAAAAUUAGUUGAAUUCUCCGUGCUCUCAACAGGCGCAAGUGGUUUUUCUGUUCUAAAAAUCAACCCUGCCCUAAGGAAGCCACAUGGUAGCCUUCCAGUUGCCAGCAUGGAUUGCUGUAGCCAAGACCUCUAGCGUAGCCUUUUGCUGACCCCUCCCGCAGGCAGCCAUGAUUGCGGCUUGCGUUUCUUGGACACAGCUAGCUCCCUUUUGGCCAAACGGUGCAAUCAUGCUCCCCGUUCCCCCUCUGCUUCUUUCUGCUUGGGACUUGUGGAACAGGAAGACUCUGGGUUAAUUAAUGCCUCACUGCCCCCAGGGUGGGUAUUGCGUUGCUGCUGAUGAGCUAAUGUCUCUGUCUGCUGACAGAGGGAGAUGAAUGAGAUGGCUGGGAGAGGUGAUCCUGCCGAGAGAGGUGGGCUGCUUGCCUGCCCCCAUCUACUCUCUAAGCAGACAUACAGGCUUGAGGAAUUUCUGUGGCUUUGUAGCUCCGACGGAGCCGUGAGUGUGACACAUGGAUUGCGUUAUGGGAAAGGCAUUGAUUCACUCCAGGCUCCCUCCUUCAGAGCCCUGCUCUCUAGUAAAGUCUGGAGAAACCCUUGGGGAUGCUGGAGCCAGCCACCUCUUCCCUCCUUCCCUCCCUCGUCCCCCCAGUCCAGAGAUGGGCUUGGGAUGAGCGGUGGAGAAAAGAGCACAGGCUCCUCGGAUUCCUCAAAACCUGCUUGCUUCUCUCCAGCAAAGCUCAACACUAGGUCCUUUCACCAGAGGCAGGGCAGUUUUCUCUUGCCUUUGGGGGCUCUGCAUGCAGUUGGUGCCCAGUGCAGGGGUGCGGGGCACAUGGUGGCUCUUCCCCUCUUUGCUGAGUGCCUCAGUUGGCUUACGAAUAGAGAAAAGGAAUGGGAGGCUGAACGGCGCUUUUGUAACGCUGGGAACAGGCUGGCCCUGUGCCACGGGGCUUUUGCAAAAGCACAACAGGAUGACUGGAUGGUGGGUGUGUAUGGGUAGUUAUUCCACAGUUAGCUCCAGCGCAAACUUGUUAAAAUGGGGGUCGGAUGAUCCAGCACGUGCAGGAGACUCAUGUCGUGAAAGCUGCAUGCGCAUAGAUCUGUGUAGAUGUUCAGUUGUAUGAGGAGAGGAAAAGCUUUGGUAGCGUGGAUCCUCCUUUGGUUGUUUGACCCAGAAAAUGCCUUUUUGAAUCGUGCUGAGUUGAGAAAGAGCCUGGGAAAUCAAAGUUAUUCGUGGGGGACAUUGUCUCUGUGAGUGGUAGGCAGGAAGGCAACAUGCUUUGCAUCUGGAGGACAUAUCCAUAGGAUCAGUGAGUGCAUGCAGCAACUCACAAGUAACCAUCCAGCGUGAUCACAAAAUAUCCAGUCCACUGAUAAGGGAACUUACAUGGAGGGUGGAGAUUCUGCUGUUUGUUUCUUCGGGGUGAGGGAAUAGAUAGGUGUACGUAAAAAAAAACAAAAAACAAAAGAUGUAGUUGCAUGCUGCACAUUGAGUGUAACAUGUAGUUUGGUUCUCAGCCGUAAUUGAGUGGCAGAAACAAAACCUACAAGCCGCAAGACUUUUGUGCAUUGUGUCAGAAGAUGAAUCUGCAGAAAAUCCCCUAAAACUGUGUUCAGUUGCAGACCAGAAUUGUGCCCCUUGGGCUGAACUUUGGAAAUCUCAGCAUGAUGAACGAUUUUGCUCAGAGUGACCUGAUGAUAAGUUUAUGAAUAAUUGGAUUUCCCUAUACAGUCUUGCACUCUUCUGUACUGUGUAAAGCAGGCUAGAAAGACUUCUGUGUUAUCUACGGACUCCUUUGUGUUUAAACUUGUAAAUAUUUGACCAUCCAAUACAUACCUCCCCCCCCCCCCAGGUUCCUGAAUGUACCAGCUCUCGGGUUGAUUAUCCAAACAACAUUUGCAUUAAUGCAGUGUGGAGGUUACUCAGAUAAGGGUUGGCUAGGUCUUAGCUGCUUUCAUCAUAGGUAGUUUCAUAUUUAUCAUUUCCUCUCCCCAACCCCCUUCUCCUUUCUUUCCAAGUAAAGAAUAGCGUCAUUUUCUAUUAAGUUUCACAGGCUGUUUCAUUAAGAUGACAAAUUGCCCUGUGGCAUCUAAAAUGCUAUCUAAUAGCAGAAUGAUUAUUAGUAAGUUGGAGCUUGCAUCAUCACCUGCACAAAAAAUGUGGCCCAGCGCAGACUUGCUGUUGCGCAGGGUUAAGGGGUCAAGGGCCAAGCUGCAGGAUCAUGUCUGCCUUCUCCAUGCACUUCCCACGGUGUGGAUUGUUACACCUGCCUAUUCCUACCUCUGUUUAAAAGCCACUUGGCUGAUCCUAAAAGCUUGUUCCCGCAACAGCCUUGAUCGCAUGGCCCUCUUCCAGCCCAUUGCAUAUCAGGAUCAAUCCCUGGUUUCUUCAGGGCUGGGAGAGACCCCUGCCUGACACCCUGGAGAGCCACUGCCAGUCAGCCUAAGCCGGGCGUAGCCAAUGCGAUGCUAUCUGGAUCUUGCUGGACUGUAACUCCUAUCACCCCUGACCAUUGCAGAUGCUGGUGGGGGCUGAUGGGAGUUGGAGUCCCAACAAUGUCUGCAAGACACUACAUUGGCUACCCUUGGUGUAGGUAAUACUGAGGUAGGUGGACCAUGGUCUGUAUAAGGCAGCCUCCUAUGGUCCUACCCCUUUGAAGCAUUUGCGUCUACACUGAGGCUAUGUAUUUUGGGUGUCCUUUGCUUAUCAGUGAUUGGGGUAGGGGGAGAAGAGGUGUGCCAUUUUCAAGUGGGAUUGCUCAUUGCAUAUGGACUAUACCAGUGUUUCUAAAACUUGGAUCUUCAGCUGUUUUUGGACUGCAGUUUCCAUCAUCCCUGACCACUGGUCCUGCUAGCUAGGGGUGAUGGGAGAGUCAAAUUUGGGAAACACUGGACUAUAACAUGGGUGUGAGAGUGGGUGGUUUCAGUAAGACUGCCUUGUUGGGUGCUGCAGAUUUCUAGAGGUUCACAUUUGAAUUAGGCUUGUCUUAUUUCUUUUUGGUUUGCCUGGCAGUUGUUUAAAGGCACAGUCCAACGGGUGGAGGGGGAACACACACACCACCCAUUGGUAACACUCUACAUCUGAACGAAUAAAUGUGGCCCUCUCCCGUACUUCCAGUUUUUCAUAGAGGCUUCUCAACCCUGGGGAAAGGGAGCGCCUUUCUUUCUUUCUUUCUCUGUCAAGUUUUCAGCGCCUAUGACUGCCUGCCGUUGCUGCAAGCAACAUCGUUCUUCAAAGGAUCGUUCAUAACUUUCCCUUUUUCUGAGAUGCUCCCAAAUAGUUUUGAAGUGGUGUGGCUUUGUGGGUAUGGGUGUGGGUGCUGUUCGCUUUGUGGAAGAUUAUGACUGUCCGGCAGUCCUGAGCGUUUCUGAGAAGAUUCCAACUAGUACUAAACAUAUCCAAAUAGGGCAGAGACAGAAGUGGGUUUGUGUGCAACAGAGAAGCCAUUCCCUGCAGGCGGUCGGGGUGGGUAGGUGUUUGCUCAAAGCCCGUUAGCGCCUGGGCAUCUGCAUGUUGCAUUAAGCGGCCGCUCAUGCCUGCAUCUGAAGCUUCUUCCCUGCAGAUAACCACACCAACCUGGGGUGGGGUGGGUGAGGGCGACCAGCAUGCGCAUGCUGGGGGCAGGACCCAAAGCAUGGCCUCAGUCCCCUCAGCAAUGCCUGAGAGGGAACUAAUAUGCCAGGAGCCUGCCCAGCAGUAAUUGCAUGGGCAGUGUGUGAAAGGAAUUCUAGGAGCACACUGUCCCAGAUUCUCCCUCUUCACUCUCAACCUUAUGGAGGGCUGUAGCUUAGCGGUAGUAGUAGUAGUAGUAGUAGUAGUAAUAAUAAUAAUAAUAAUUUAUUAUUUAUACCCUGCCCAUCUGGCUGGGUUUCCCCGGCCACUCUGGGCGGCUUCCAACAGAACACUAAAAUACAAUAACCUAUUAAACAUUAAAAGCUUCCCUAAACAGGGCUGCCUUCAGAUGUCUGCUAAAAGUCUGGUAGUUGUCUGGUAGGGUGCAUGCUGUCCUAGGUUUAAUCCCCAGCAUCUCUGAGUAGGGCUGGGCAUUGUCCCCUCUGAACCUCUGGAGAACCGCUACCAGUCAGUGACUGUAGUCAGUGACUGAGCCAGACAGACCAGUUAAGUCUGAGGCAGUGCAAGCAAGGCAGCUUCCUCGGUUCCUAACUACCGCUCAGCCUCCCCUUCCUUUCUUGUUCCACAUAUUAGUGCAAAGCAGCCCUGGGAAACUGUUGAAGGGCGUGGUAUAAUUCAAAUAAAUAAAAACGGGCUCCUUUUACAGCAGUGCUCUUCUCCCAAGGCUCAGCAGGCAAGAUGGUGCAAUCAGUUGCAAUGCUGUGCCUCUCUCUUACUUCAUUUAGCCUUGACUAAGGUUGUUUCUUUUCUUUUUCCUUUUGCCUGAUCAUCAGGGGUGAAUUUCAACACCCCCGCCUACUCAUUUGGGGAUCCCUGAACCCCCCACAUCCUGUGUUGUGUGUGUACUGUAUAUUACAGGUAUCGCAAGAAGACAACAGUCGGGUUAAGACUGACAGUUUGGUGCCCUUUUUUUGUAGAAGUUAAUUCACCGCCAUAAUCUAAUGGUGAGAACCUGGGCGCAGAGUUCAUUCAAUCAGACCUUUAAUCUUGCCUGCCCAGGGAGCACUGUGCGCUUCUGUGUCCACAAACGCAGCAAACAUGAGAGGAACGCCAGUACAAGCAGUAGGAGGGAAGUACAAAGCCAAAGCACUGGAGGGUGGAGGGGAUGGCGGAGAGAAUGUGUGUUGCUAGACAGGGCCUUUCACCACCUGCUUUUAAAAGCUGAACGACAAGAGUAUCGGCAGGUGCAGCUUCACUGGCUGCUACAGCAUCGUGGUGGGAAUUGCCAUAUUCCAACUCAAAGGGCCAAGGAGUGCACUUUGGGUCAGCAGCCAGGCAACUGCAAAGUUACGUUUGGGCUGUUCUGUCUGGCCUGCUGCAUUCAUCAGCAAGUCUAAACUCUCCCGUAGGCCCUGGGCUCUUCCAGAUAAUUUGUUUUUAUUGCACAAUAAAUGUGCAGUCGUUGCUCAACUUCUCUGCAGUGGAUCCAAAUACGGUGACCGGACGCAAAGCGGGACAGGGCUCCUCUAUCGCCAAGCCAGGAGGGAAGGAAUUUCUGCAAGAUGCGGCUUGCCAUGCAUGGGUGAGAAAAGCUGCGCCUCCCUGAAAUUCCCACUUCUCUACAAGUCUUAAAGCUACAGGAGCCUGGUCAUUCUGUGCUUUUUCUUCCCCUCACCCACGUGGCACAUAAAAGUCAUUCUUAACCCCUUACUGAAUUAAUUUUAUGCUGUUUAGGAGCUAGCUUUUGUCUUGCAGGUAUCUAUUUCCCCCCAUAAUGUAUUUGUAAAGCUAACCUGGGAGUUGCUUUUUUCUUUUUCUGGGAGCACAUAUUAUUCCUUCAGUUUUGCUUCCUUUUGCCCACAGGUGUGGGCUCAUCUGCAUGGGAGUUCAAUGUGGUUUUGCAACUUCUUGUGCCUCAAUUUUUUUGGUAUUGCCCACAUAAUGGCCUCCUCGCUCAAGUGACAAGCCAGAUGGCAGAGUACAAAUAAUAAAAUUACUGCUGUUACUAUUAUUAUUAUGCUCCUUCCACCAUAACAUUAUAUCUCCAGCCUUGGGGAUAAUCUGAUAAUGAAAGUAUAUCCAAUAUGAAAUUACAUCUGGAUAUACUGAAGCGCAUUGUGUGGGGGCGUAUUUUUACAUGUGUCACUACAUCUCACUCAUUGCUGUCUGUCACCACACCCUCUACUCCCAUUUUAUUCUGUCAGCUCAAAUGAAGGGGCAUAAAAAAAUAAUAAUAAUAAAACUGCUAAUUUUUUUUUGCAGAACAGCUAUAUCAAACGUAAAAAGGAAAUUUGCUUUGUGCCUGAAAAUGAGUGCCCAUGGUGGUGGGCGAUGAGCCAUCUUCCCAGCAAUGAUUAUGCAGGUUACAGAGAUGUGACCAAUUUCCAAUUACUUGAUUGGCGAGAGUGGCUGGGGAAACCCAGCCAGAUGGGCGCGGGAAUGAAUAAUAAAAUUAUUAUCUAAAGAUGAAGCAGGGCCCCUGCUUUCUUUGCAAACACACACACUUUCUCAAUGGAAACAUAUUGGAGGUUCCUGUACAUCUACCUGCCAGCCAUUCUUUAUCCUUGUACGGUGCUCUUCAGUGACCUACUGGUGGUUCUGGCCAUAACAUAUCAUUUAAUAAAAAAUGUUUUCACUUGCACUUUGUGCAAAUCUGGCAGAUCUGUCCUUCUAUAAAGCAUGCUCGAAGCAUUGGCUUUGGCAGAAGUUUCUUGUAACACCAUUCCACAGAUAAUUAAUUUUUCUUUUCGUUUUUUAAAAGGUGCCCGUUUGCCAUUGCAUGCAUGCCCAGAAUGGAUGCCAGACCUCACAGAGGGUUGGGGGAUUAUUGUUUAUAUUUAUGUCUCUGAAUCGCUUUGCUCACGACAAUGACUCAGGGUUACUGACAGACACAGGUAGAGAGGGGGGAACAACAACACACAGCAGAAAUAGAUCCCAUUAGGCACCACCCACUUGUGCGGGUAGGAAACAUCAGCAUAGGUUUUGGAGACAUAACACUGAAAGCACCCGGAUAUGAGCAGACAGACACACGCCUGGCACCAUUCAUCCACAAACUCAUCCAUGCCCCAAUCUGUGGACAUAACCAAUGCAAAACAUGGGAUGUGAUCAGUGUACUACUGAAGCUCAGUGAGUGAUGAUGCAGCACUAAACCCAAAACUAAGAAUUUGUCAAGAAUGUAUAACUUGCUGUUGAAAUGGAAUACUCAGGAUGAAACGGUGAAAUCUGCUAUGAUUAAAUGGGCACAAGAUGUUGGACAUAAUAUUAUGUUUGCUGACUGGGAACAGUUAAGGACCACAGGUAUGAAGUUUACGGCAUGUAAUGCCCUAAGAGAGAAUAUUAUGAAAAUGAUAUACAGGUGGUACAUGACCCCAGUCAAGCUCGCAAAAAUCUAUCAUUUGCCCGACAAUAAAUGCUGGAAAUGUAAAGAAACUGAAGGUACAUUCUUUCACCUUUUGUGGACGUGCCCAAGGAUUAAGGCUUUCUGGGAAAUGAUAUAUAAUGAACUGAAAAAGGUAUUUAAAUAUACCUUCUUGAAGAAACCAGAGGCCUUUCUCCUGGGCAUAGUCGGCCAAUUGGUGCCAAAGAAGGACAGAACUUUUUUAAUGUAUGCUACAACAGCAGCAAGAAUACUUAUUGCAAAGUAUUGGAAGACACAAGAUCUACCCACUUUGGAAGAAUGGCAGAUGAAGGUGAUGGACUAUAUGGAAUUGGCAGAAAUGACUGGCAGAAUCCGAGACCAGGGAGAAGAGUCGGUGGAAGAAGAUUGGAAGAAAUUUAAAGACUAUUUACAGAAAUAUUGUAAAAUUAAUGAAUGAUAGAAUGAUGUUGGAUAGUAAUUAAGCGGUUUCCAGCUGUAAUGUUCUAAGAGAAUAUGAAAAAAGGGUUAUAAAUGGGUUAAAAUCUAAGGGUAAGGAUUUGCUGAACCAAUAAAUUGAAGUGGAAUACAAAAAAGGGAGGUACGAGGAGGUCCAGGAAACAAGCUAAAGGAAUAUAAGUAAUAGAAAAUAUGUGUGUUUUUAACUGUUUUUAUUUUGUAUUUUUCUUUUUCAUUUUCACUGUAAUAUUUCAAAAAACCUUAAUAAAUAUCUUAUAUAUACAAAAAAAAGAUGAUGCGGCACUAAGACUAAGAACUGGGGUUUGGAAAGGUUUUGGGUGUGUCAUGAUGCUUGGCAAAUUUAAGCUAAUCCAGCUUUGUUAAGGAUGGCUGCAGGGCCUACGAGAGGAAUUUUAUGUUUCCUCCUCUCCAGCGCCCUGGAUGGCUGUGUUUGCUUGUGGGUCUUUUUUUUGGGGGGGGGGGGUGGGUUGAAUGCUAUGGGACAGUGUGAAGCCAGACCGAUCAUGCAUACGAUUGUUGGCAAUUUAAGAUGUGCAACUAUAUGGUUUUGUGGAGAGCAGCCAAGGCAUGUUUCAGAGGCCUCUUUAUAUUACCAGAAAACGAUAUGCUGAUCAGUGUUCGAAAUUCUCCAGGCCACUGGCGACCAAGCAAACAUGAUGUCUCCACCAUCUGGAGAUGCAUGCCUGGGGAUCCUUGGAUCUUGACUGUUUUCACACACUAACAACCAUCCUGUAGAAUUGUAUCCGUGAUAUUUUAUUUGUGCAAUCAGAAUGAAUUUCAGGAACCAAAAGGUUGUAUUGAAAAAUACGACUUUCGAGCCGUCUGGCCGCUACAUGGCAACUAGACAUUUCGUUUUGACAAUUGUAACCCUGGCUUAAGGAGCAAUUUGACGCCUAGCUUAUAUAUCUGAGUUUCUAACACUGAUCAUUUCUGAUCAAAGUCAAAGACCAUGAGUUAGGCAUGAGGAGCCUCUUUGGAGGCCAGCAUGUGUGGUGUUGGUGCAAGUCGGGAUCUCCUUUUAAUGGCAGGAGGAGAGAUGGGACAGCAAAGUCUUAUGCAGUGAAAUAUGUCUCAUUCAUAAAUUUGUACCUGUCUCUUCCUCUGAGUUUUGCCUCAUCCCUGGGAGGCAGGUUAGACUGGAAGAUAGCUGGGUGGCCUUGUAGUUGCCCUACCUGCUGGGUUUGAAUCUUGGUUUCCAACUUUCAGGCCCAUCGGUAAAUCAGUUCCAGCCACUUUGAGCAUUGUUCUCUACAGUGCUAUCACCUUUGGAGCAUGCAACAAUUACACACUUUGUUUAGCAGAAACUAUGGGGGAAACAGAGGAAGACAGGAUUGGAUCUGAUUCCACUACUCCAGAUCUUGCUCCACUAGACAUGGGGUAAUGCUGAGAACAUUGCUUGCUUCCUGCCUUUGUCUCUUCAUGUGGGUAACUAUUCUGUGUCACCGAGUCCUCUUCUUCCUCUCCUUGCAGCUCACCCCUGGGGGCAAGGCAGCCCAAGCAGGUGUGGGAGUAGGUGACUGGGUGCUAAGCAUUGAUGGAGAGAACACGAGCUCCUUGACCCACAUUGAAGCACAGAACAAGAUCCGUGCGUGCGGAGACAAGCUCUCGCUCAGCUUGAGCAGGUAAGAGGCUCUUGGUGUGAGUUAAGAUACCAGGAACAUGGCAUGCAUUAUAGGAUCGAGAAGUGGUUACAGCUGACCUACUCCUUGCACUCAAGCCCAGUCCUUGGAAUAACAACUCACUGGUUCUGAAACUUUUUUCUCUGGGCCACACUUCCAGAAUAAAGACUUGCUCACGCCACACCAUUUUUUUUUAUUGAUUAGAAAUACAUUGGAAAGCAAAAAAGAAACGACUAGCUGUGCUUGAUCCAGAAAGUAUAGAACAAUGCAGCUACAUAAUAACAUGUAUCAUUCCCAAAAUAUAAUGAUCAACGAGCCUCUUACGUAUGUACUUUAAGCAUGUAUACAAACUGAAUGAGAGGUGUGAGCUUGCUUUUGCUGGUAACUUCAUUUAUAUUAGGUCUAACUUGAGUCAAACAAACUCUCAUCUCAUCAACACAAAGAAGCCUUUCUCUUAUCUGAUCUUUUGCAUUUGUCGGAGUUGAAUAUCCCUAUUCACAACAAUGUGUCGUGGGACUGCAGAAUAGCCAAUGCUGCUCUCCAGCACACUGUUCAAAUGGCAAUCCUGGAUCACAACUGGAUGCUCAAUAUCACUUGAUGCUCUUGCUCUUUUUGAAAAGAUACCUAUCCAUAUUCUGCAAUAUAGAUACCGUAGAUACUACACUCCACUGAAAUGUUUAAAAGUCUCUUUCUCCUUGAAUCUUCAUGCCACGCUUUCCAUCCUCUCCUGCCGCACCAAUGUGGCGUCCCACACCCUUUGAGAAGCACUGUCUUAACUCAUAAACAUAGCAGUAGGCUAACUAGCUUUUCACUUUGGUGAACUGCCACCGCUUCAUAGCAUAUUUAUACCCACAGUGAUCUUGGUUGCAUCUGAAUCACUGGAGAGUGGAAGAAAGCCUCUCUAACUCUCCAGGGGUCCUUUUGCAGCCAGGCAGAGUGAUGCUUAAGUGAGUGUGUGAAUGAGUGGAUAUUGACACUGAGAGAGGCCAAGGGUGUGCUCUUAGGACUGAGGGCUUUUAGCCAUGCCCCAGAAGAGUUUUCUCCCAGGGAACCUAGGCAGGACCAAUCCAGUCACUGGAUCUUCCAUGGCUGAGCUGUCACCACUAUCUUCCCUCAUGGUGUGAAAAGGCUGCUUUCCUCAUGUUGCUGUGGCCCUGCUCUCUGAGCAUUAUCUCUGCUCUGCAGCUCUGUUGCUGCAAGUCAAAAGCACCUGCUGCCACCCUCUUGCCUGUUAUUGCUGCCCCAGGAGAGUCCCUGCCUGGCAGUGCCUUUCUUCUCGUUAACGGCAGCUUUUCUCUUGCAGAGUCCAGAAUCUCCUUGGCAAGCCUCAGAAGGUACGUCUUCCUCCGCUUCCUCCGUGGUGGGUCUGUUCUCUCUCAGACCAAGCUGGGCACCAGUUCUGCCACUGGUCUAGGGGAGCUGUGGGAUAGUUGAGGAAACACAAGUGCCCUAGCUUGUUUGACACUCCUUGAGUUAGGUGCUCGAUGUAAAAGCCAAAAUAAAUAAAUGAGACUGUAAUGGGGUGUGAAGAAUCCAUUCUGAAACUCAGGAUAAUAACAAAUGCCAAUGCGUUUUAGGCUGCACAGCCCUUCUCCAGGGGUCUGUUUGAGCUACACCGAUUGUGCUAUAUCUGUGGGCCAAACUCUGUGGCUAUGUCUGCCAUGUGCUUAUAAGGCUUUUCUAAGUCAGACAUUCCUACUGCAUUCACCAUGCCCUCAAAUAAGUGAUGUGCAGCUUGCAACUCCUUGGCAUUUUGAUUAUUUGAAGUUUCCAAACAAGAGUGUUUUGUAUGUAUCUAUUGCUCUCGUCUUCCUUUUUACACCUGGUUUUGGUGGAAUCUUCCCCCCUUUGCAGCUCACCUUUGGAGCUAGCCAGGCACCGUAGCCUGAACCUUGGUGUGCUGGCACUAAAGGAGCUCACUGCUGCCUUUUCCCCAGCCCUCCAAAUCUAUAGCAGUUUAUUUUCUUGCUGUUCAAUGGAACUCCUCUUGAUUGCACCCAUAAACCUUCAGAAGCCAGAAACUCAAAAUGGCCACCACAAUAUUGAAUUUAUUUGUGAUCAUCAGAGGUCAGGUGGAGGAUGAACCGGGAGCUGCCUGCCUUAAGUGGGCUGGAGCAGCAAAUAGAGCCAUUUGCUGCCCUUGCCUCUAUGUUCCCUGUAUAGUCUAACCCUGUAUGAAUGUUUAUUCUGGAAUCUGAGGCCUUGCCUCACAAAAGAAGUGCUGGGCGGGGGUAGGGGACUUCCAGGCAGUCAGGCUGUGGAGGGAAACAGCUUCUCCAAGAUUGUGGCCAGGGCUGUCUUCUAGUUUCCCUCUCUGCUUGGGCGUAUCCCUCCUCUGUUUCCCUUGUGGUUGGAGGAGGCAGGGAACGAGAUGGAGGGUGUAGAAAUGGAUAUGCAUGGUUCAGUUUUGCUACGACACGUGCCCACGCUGAACUGCCUCCCCUGCUCUCCAAGGCUCAUCCCGGGGUCAGUUCUAGAGCGACCACAUUUGCCCACAUAGGGUGCUCAACGAAGUCGGCUGGCAGUAGGCAACUGGGCACAUACAGGGCGUGUUUGCUUGUGUCUUGGCUACUGGCAGCCAGGAAUGCGGCUGGCUGGCUGGCUGUGGUUAUUGCCCUGGGACUUGAGGAAUGCCCUUGUGGCCAGAAUCUGGCCUGGCUUCCACCUGGGGCAUGGUGGCCUCUGGCAUGGUGGCCUGGCAGCGGGGGGUGCACUUGCAUGCUGCCUGCUGUGCCAGCUUGGGCGUCUGUGUGUUUUGUCUUCUGCUCAGGAUGCGCUCCCUUCCUCCGAGCGCCCGAAAUAUAACUUCACUCCCAGCUCUGCCCUCAACAAAACGGCCCGGCCCUUUGGAGUCAGCUCUGCUCCAAACUCCCAGCCCGGGCUGGUGACGAAAUCGGUGCCAUACACUCCCUCUGCGUCCGUCUGCACCACACAGCACAAUGGGUAUGUCGCUGUGCUAUUUAGACACCCUGGGGAGUUGGGGGGGGGAGUUGCGUGGCCUCACUGUGGAGUUCUGCCCUGUGCUGUUCUGCCCACACACUCGCCUGUCUGCCCGCACUGUGCAUGUCGGGCUCUGCCUGUGUGGCCUUUUUAUGGGUGGGCAAUGGCUGGGUGUGGGCGGCCCUUUCCCCCCCUCUGUACCAGAAUCUGUGCUAGAAUUUAAGACAUCUAGUGUUGCAGUGACCCCUGGUGGCUGGAGCUCAUAUUAUGAUGCCUAGAUCUGGCAGGUCUCUUGUGUACUGUAUUGUUCAUUCCGGAAUGCCUAAUUGAAAAAGCCAGACCGUUUAGCGGCCUGCAUUUCAUCAUCUUUCACUUCUUUCGAGUCCUGCAAUCUUACCUCCUGGGCAACGAAUAAUAAUAAUGCCGUAGGCGGCAGUCAGGAGCAUGGGGCUGCAUCCCAGGAACCCCAGCCAGUAGUUCUCUUGACUCACCAACACAAAGGAAUCGCUAGAUUCUUUGGUCUGAGCAGCAUUGUGCUAUGGCGAGUGAUCUGUAUCUAUAGGUAUGGUGCUAUCUGCUUGUGGUUUCUUGUGUGGCUGACUCACUAUGGCAGGAAUGAAUGUCGCUUAUGGAUCCCAAUGUAACUUUCCAUCCUCACCGCCUCCCUGGCAAUCUAAGCUACAGUUAUUCUCCAAACUGUUCAUCAUUUACUAGGUCCCAGAUCCAGUAUCUUCAUUUAUAAGAUUUCUUACCUGCCCUGCACCAUAAGGUCUCAGCACUGGGCACAAUAAUAUGAUAUACAAACUUAAAAUUACUAAAAGAAAUUAUGCAUAAAGCUGUCCACCCCAGAUAAAAUACUGAGUAGCUGACAUCAAGGCUUUUGGCUGAGUUUCCAAUUCUGCUCAUCCCAGCAUAAAAUUCCCGUACCAGUGUAGCUGUUCUCAGGCAUCCUUUGGAAGGGAGCAGCACUAUGGUAAAUCCAGAUUUCCAGUUAAUUAAGGAAAUGACUUGGGUGAAAUUGUAUACCGAUUAAUCUAUACUUGUGUUGGGACUAUUUCAUUUUUUCAAGCCCGAAACUGGCAUCUUCUGACUGCUAUCUUCCCAUGUCUAGAAAUGCAGCCCUAAAUUAAUUCUGUUUAUUUUGUUUAUUAAUCACCUCCCAUGAAACAUCCCGAAAUGACUGUAACAGUGCCUGGCUGCAUGCAAAUUGUGUCCUGAAACUCUAGGCUUUGGAUGCUGCUGCUUUUGAGGUGAUUCCUUUCUCGUUUGGUGCAUUGAUGUGUCCCUGGCACCUUUGUUGGUGGGGACGGAAAAGCUUAUAUCUAUGCUAGAUGCGGUCCUGUACACCUCUGACCACCCCUGUGUCUCUCAUUGGCCUGUGCGGGGUCCCCUGCCAAUCAGGUGCCUUAGAUGAGACCAGUUGUGGGACCAUGGUGAGCGUAGUCUACAUGCUGCCAGAAAUGGUGCUGCUCAUUUCUUUCAUAUUCCUGCAUUCCUGAUCCUAUGACCUAGAGCACUGGACUUCAACUGGUGGGCCAGGACCUGCUAGGGGGCCGUGACCUGAUCCAAGGUGGGUCAUAACAGGAGCACUACCACCAUACAAAUAUAUGGUGAAAUAUUAAAUGGGUCCACAAAUGCGUGUUUGGGUGUUCAAAGUGGGUCAAAAAGUUGAGGAUCCAUGACCCAGUUAGGUUAGCUGUGCAUGGAAUCUCGGCUCUAUUCAACCCACACGAGGCAGGAAGGGAAGCAUGUUUUUUUAAAAACUUUGUCUAAUGGUUCUAACAUGUCCUUCACUUUCCUGACUGUCUUUUUGCUCUUUUCCCUUUUCUCUCUCUUUCUCUCUGUAUCCCUCUCUCUCUCUCUCUCUUGCAGGUGCAGAACCCUGACAAGUCAGUAAGCCUUUGCCUGUUCUGUAACUUUAAAGUGUAUUAUUGCUAACAUGCAUGACCUAAACAUAAUUCCUUUUCAACACCUAAAAACCCUCCUCAUUCCUUGCCAGUUUUUUUUGUUUGUUUUUUGCUUCACUGACUUUUCUACCCCCUAUCCUACCGUCCCACAGGAGUGUGUGGUUAUGGCAGGUUAUAUCCCUCAUAAAAAGAGACACUUGAGGGACAUGUUUGGGGGUUGGGGAAGGUGGAGAACAGACGACUUUAGUGUGGGACUUGGGACGUGGAGGUCCCUUUUCUUGCAAUAUGUGGGGCAACAUCAUUUGUGUCCGCUUUACUUGUUGGGUUUGUGUUGGGGCCUGUCUGAAUGACUCGGUGGCCUGGAUCCCAUGUCAUGCUAAGCUAAAUCAUGGCUUAGCCUGACUGUGUGGACUCUGGGAGAGGACAUCACAACCCCUUUGGUCCUUCCUGGUUGUUUUGCUGCUGAGCCAAGCCACACUUUGGCAUGGUGUGUUAAUUAAGCCUAUGCUCAUAGUUCAGCUCUCUCUUGGACAAACCACGAAGCGUAACCCACACAACAAACCUUGGUUACAGCUUGCGAUUAGUCUGGAGACUGCUAGCUUCAGACAAUAUGCUAAACCAAAUGAUAGCUUAACUCAGUAUGACGCAGCAGCAAAAAACCAAAGAGUCCAAGAUAUUCUUUCCAGGAGGCCUCACAUACGCACUAAACCAUGGUUUGGCUAAGCGUGUCAUGUGAACCAGGCCUGGGGGCUAAUCUGAGGUGAAACGGCCGGUUGGGGGCAUGGUGGCUGCCCUGAGGCUUUAAAUGUUGGCAGUUUGGCUUCAGGGAAACUUCCUGAUGCUUCCAAGGGAGUGGGAUGGCCUGCUGUGACUCUUCAGGCUGUGCUGACAACUGUAGCAGUAACUGCCUGACGUAGAUAAGGGAAAGGAAGUGGUGCUAAAACUGGCAGGGAGCAGUGUGUGUGUGUGUGUGUGUGUGUGUGUGUGUGUGUGUUUUCCACUGCACAGUCAAGCUGCUGUUACCUCCAGUGGCGCGCUGGCUGUUCCCUCAGGAGAUGUGGCCUUUUAUUUGUGCUGUUGUGUACUAGGGUGGCACGUCUCACCUGACCUGUCCAAUCUUUUCUCUUAUUCUCUCACUUUUCGUGGCUUCAGGGUUAGCGCUCACCCCCCUGAGGUGAAGGCUCCACCCCAGAGCAACCCCCCACCUGAUUAUGGAGAUUACUACCUGGAGGACCAGUAAGACCUGGGAGAUGUGGGGGAGGGGAGGGGAGGGUAGAAACUUUCGGACAGAUGUUGUUGUGUCCCUCGUAUGUUGUGUGCUGCUGCUGCUGUCGUCCCGUUAUAGCGUGUGAAUAUCCCUUUGGUGAAGUUGGAGUAGCACUAGAAGCAGUAACAGGGCUUCCCUCAAUAAGGAUUCAAAUUUUUCAUCAGUGAAAAAUCUCCUUUGAGAUUUUCACCAGAGCAGUGCUGAGGAACUGGGGGCCUUGCUGCAGCCUGACAUGGGAGGCUUCAGGUUUAAGGAUCUCACACAGAGCCAAGGCCCUUUCUGGAAGGGAACACUUCCAUGCAGCCAUUUAUUGUGGACUUGGUGCUUCUCAUAAAUGCACGGGCUUUUUGCAGCAGGCAUACAUCGUCCUCAUCCAAAUGCUAUCUCGUGUGUGGUUUUAACUAUCCAGACAAUUCAAAUCAUAGAAUUGUAGAGUUGUAAGGGACCACGAGGGUCAUCUAGUCCAUCGCCCCGAGAUGCUGGAAUCUUUUGCCCAAUGUGGGGCUCGAACCCAUGACCUUGAGAUUAAGAGUCUCAUGCUCUACCAGCAGAGCUACCUCAGGCCUGGAUAAUUAAUUGGCCUAGAUGGGGGAGAGGGAACAGAAGGGGCUUCAGGAUCCGUUCAGUGUGUUUGCAGGGCAGGUUACUUGUGAUCUUCAGAAUUAUGAAACUAUGGCCAUGUCCUGAUUUGUGCCUCAUGGUGGUUUAUCUCCCCCCCACCCCCGGCCGCUUGAUGCAGUUUCUUGUGUUUGUGUGUGUCAUGCAUGCCUGGCAGAUGCUCAUCUCAGUGCAGCCCUGGCUGAGUGCCCUUGUCUAUUCGUAGGCAUUCUCUGCGGCUGGCAAGCCUGCCGGCCUUCCUCCCCAAUGACUCCAGCAAAAAGAGGCUCAUUGAGGACACAGAGGACUGGCGACCGCGGACGGGCACGACCCAGUCCCGUUCUUUCCGUAUCCUGGCCCAUCUGACAGGCACGGAAUUCAGUAAGUGCCUCCCUCCCAGGGGGAGCCACUCCAGGUUGGGGGUGUUGUUGAGAGCUGGCUGGCUGGCUGGCUCCAGCCUGGGAAGCGGCAGGGAGUCACGAGGCAUUUGGUGCCACCGGCGACAAGGCAAAGGUUGCAGAGGCACCUGAGCUUGUUUUGGGACAGCUCUGGCCACCUUCCACAAGCAAUUCUGGACCUGGGCCAGUUUGGGAGGGCUCUGCUGGCAGAUUGUCCUACAGCAAGUCCCAGGAGGAUCCUCUCUCUCUCUCUCUCUUCCACUUGUGAUGCUCUGCUGACCUCAUUCAGUCUAUCUCUGCUCUGCAAAGAGCUCUGCAGGCACCUCAUUCUGCUUCCCGCUCAUUAUUGUUGAUGCCCAGGCCCUGUAUCCUCCAGGGAAUGCUCUUAUUUUGUGCCUAGUCUCUCCCUGCCCCCCCCAAAAAAAUUCCACUUCUCUUCUCAGAAAACUAAAACAGCUUGACUGGCUCAGACCAUGAUAUUCUCUUUCUCCUUUUCCCGCUGCCAGUGCAAGACCCGGAUGAUGAGCAUGUUAGGAAAGCCAGGUAAGAAGGUCCCUUUGAUAGGGCCAGGAGAGUCAGUGGGUUUCUACCUGACUUCUCCCCACUCCCAAAGUGCCAGGGGCUGGGAGAUGAAAGUGCAGAGUCCAGACUCGCUCCUAAGCUUUGGCGGAUGCCCAGGGCCACUGUCCCAUUCCCAUCUGUCUGGGACAGAGGGGAUGAAAGCCUUCUUCCCACCUUGGUUCCCUUGACCUUGUGCUGCAGAGCAGUCCAUGCCUGGUAUGCUCUUCUGGUUUUCUCCUUCUUGGUCUCUGCUUUCUCCUCCCAUCUCUUCCUUGUGUCUCUUUCUCUUUCUCUCUCCCCUCCCAGAGAAAAGUUUGUCUCGGAGCUUCAGAGCCCCCGUUACACUCGCCUGCGCGACUGGCACCACCAGCGAUCGGCUACCUCUCUGAACGUGCUCUCCUAGGCUGCCUGCGAUGGGCCGGCCUUUCUCUUCUCGACUCCGCUCUUCUCUAUUGCAUGCCGAUGUGAAUGGGAAGGGCGUGUUUCUGUCUGGCUCCUUCUAACUGGUUGAACAAAACUUUAAAAAAGCAAAACAACCCCCCUCCCUCCCCCCCAAAAACCCCCACUAGAAAUUCACAGCAACUCCUGGAAGCGUAGCAACUGAACUGUUUUGGGGAACGACUUGAGCAGGGGGAACCUGAGAAUAGUCAAGAGUCUUCUGCAUUGGUGGCUGCUUCUCUUUGAGCUUCAUGUCACACCUCCAGCUGUGGAGGGGAUGGAAGAGGGUUCAUGUUGUUGGGCAGGAGGCUUGACUCUCCCAAUGCUAAGCAAAAUGCUCAGGUCUACCAGGAAGCUGUUUCUGAACUGUGUUUUCUCUUCCCUGACUGAAGAGACGUUGGCUGUGGAGACCUCUGUAUGCUCCUUUCUGGCCUUCAUACUGAACCAAGGAGGCGGGGGGAAGGUUCUACCCAAUGCAAUAUGGCAUUGCACUGAGACCUCUUUCCUUUGGGACCUGCCGCAUUGAAUGAGCUGCAGUGCUCUUCUUCCUGGCCGAGCAUUACAGAGAGAGGGAAGUCGUUUCCUGACAUUCAUAUCUGGAAGGGUUCCUUUUCAACCCUGCAUGGGAUUUUUUAAAAACACUGUUCUUGGUAGUGGCUGAUCUUCCCCUUCCCUCCUUUGUCCACUGUUGAGUGCUGUUUCUCAACCCAUAAAACAUCUUCCCCUAACAGGCCUCUCCAUUUUAUUUUAUUUUAUUUUAUUUUAUCAGUGAAUGGUGAAUGCAUAUGCCCUUAGCCCCUGGUCCUUUCCCCAUCAUUGUUGAGUAGCUGGUUGUGGCUACCACUUUGAGGAAAUGGCAAGCAUUCCUCUUCUAGAUGCCUGGUAAGGUCGUGAAGGCUUGCAGAACUUGCCCACCCAUAACGCUGUAAUAGAGGGAUUCCUCCUCUUCCCCAACCCCUCAAUGGUUAUUAGACUUGUCCUCCUUGAACUUGAUUAACUCCAUUAUACCUCAGUUUUUCCAAAGGCUCUCUGAUUUGGACAACACUUAAUAUGGCUGCUUGUGUUGGGCUUGGGGAAAAAACCCUAGGGGAUGGGACUUCUGGCUCUUCGGGUAACCUGCUUCCACAGCAGGCAUGUCCUGUUGCUUGGUGGAGGAAAUGCUGUGUGCACCUUUCUCUAGAAAGAGUGUGUAAUCAUUGUUUUGACUGCAGGCAUGACACUAAUUCAGCUGCUAUAUCUGUAUGGUGCUGUAAUCCACCCACCCCCUGAGCUGCCUGGAGCCGAUGCCCAGGCAGGAGUUUGCAAUCUAGUUGGAGGCUGGCUUUACUACCUUUCAUUUUGUAGUAAAAUAAAUGCUCCUAUUCUCGUAACUGGCUCCUGUCUUUCUUUCCUUUUUAAUCUAUGCACACCUGAAGUAGGGAGGCUGUGUUCUUUCUUAGAGGAAUGACUUGUUUUCCAGCUGAGCAUAAACCCAGCUGUCCUCUGUAAGGUUGUUUGGGAAGCUGAGCAAAGAUGCAAUGCCUUUGCCCACCAAUGACUAUGGGGUGAUUUUGUGCCCUGGUUUUCCUCUGGGAGCAGGAGCCUGACUGGCAGGCCAGCACUGAGUUCUCUCUCCUUUUCUCAAUACUUUUAAUUCCUUGGGAUAAAUAUGGGGGAUUGUGAACUUCUCAUCCCAGGCCCACAUCACAGGAUAGCAGGCAAGGACCAGGGUGGUGAGACAGGAGACUGCCAGGAUCUCACCACCUCUGCCUGCAUGAUGUACUGAAGCAGCUGUUAUAGUAAUUUACUAUACUCUUUUUCUUCUUCUGUUGAUUGCACCUUUGGAAAAGUCCUUGGAUAGGUUGGAUGAGAUGUAACAUGCAUAAUGGAAUUAAUGAACACACACACACUCCUUUAGUCUGCAACAAGCCUUGUGUGCAGAAUCCGUUUGCUCCUGUCUGGGAUAAUCACAUAGUGCAGCUCUUGAUGAGCUGUAUCCUUUCUCAUUGCAGGUGGAGAAUCUCAGGUUAGAAUAUUCUCCCUGCUACCCUUGUGUCAGACACUUAGAAAAUGAGCACGAUGAGAAGAGAGAGCCUAGUCUAGCCUUUCCCGACAAGAUAGCUGCUUCUUAUGUGCAGGAAGGAGGUAGUGUGGGGGAAUAUGUGUACCCUGUGCCCCUGCUUGGUCUCUUCUUCUAGCUGGUUGCCCAAGGGGACCUCAGAAGGGGGAAGGAAGGGGUUCAACAAGGGCAGGCUUUAUUUCUCUUCCAUUUUCAAGCUUGCACUUGGAACAGCUCAAGACGCCCUUCUCAUUUAUUUGCAGCUCCCCAAACCCCACACAUCUCCCAUUCUCCUCCCCGCCUCCUUCCUUGUACAUAGGCUUCUACUCCUGAACAGACUGUAGUUUCUUGCUCUUGGCUAGGAGUGUUUGAGUCUCCUCAAAUGACUGCCUACACAGCUGUUCCUGCCACAUCACCAGGUUCCCCCUCUGAUCUUCACACUCUUCCCUGCCAUGGAUCUCAUUCUUGUGUCAUGUGACCUUGGAAGUUAUCCUGAAGCCCACGCUUCUUCUGAUGGUUCAUCUUGAAGCCAUAGGGCUCUCUCCCAAGUGAACAGCCUUGAAUAUGUGGGGCGAGUAGCACGGUCCUGUUGCCCUGAGCUAGAUGGGGCAAUAGGCUCUCUCCCUGGGACCAAGUUGAGGUGUCAUUUGUUGGAGCCCUAUGUGAGGUGACCUGUCUGUGGGUGUGCUUCAUGCCCCUAAUAUGACGUUGUCUACACCGCACCCCCUGACACACCACAUAAACCCUUUGAAAUAUUUAAAAGGGUCUUGUAGAGAAGAGGACCUUCAUGGUAACCUUCAGAGGAAAGAAUGGGAAGCAAAAUGUUUACUGCAAGAAGGUAGGGCUGGGGUUAAACAUGUGGAAAAGCUUCUACCUGAAGCUUUAAGGAAGUGUUUUAGCAGGCAGCACAAGACGGCUAAGGAGCUGAUUGGGGCACCUUGGCCUUUCCGUGCUUUCCAGCAAAGUUGGGGCAGGCCUCUGACAGCACAAAACUCUGGACUCCCAUUGGAACAGGUGGUGGAAUUUGGUGUAUGUGUGAGAGAGAACAGCAUGUCUUUCUAGUUUGCUGUCUUGUGUGAAUCUUAUGCCAAGAGAUGAGCACACAGCCCCUCAGGUUUCUGCGGAUGCCAGCUACUAGUGCUGAGCUGUGUGUCCGAUUGCAAAACAGGCGAAUUGCUGCCACUGUUACUCCUUGGCCACAAGUGCAUUUCGUGGUUGAUAACGCCUCGUGUCCUUUUUCUGCGGCAUCACCUGUCUCGCCACAGGAAGCUGUUCAUAGAAUUGUAGAGUUGGAAGGGACCACGAGGCUCACCCAGUCCAACCCUUUGCAAUGCAGGGAUAUUUUGCCCAAUGUCCAUGACCCUGAGAUUCUUCUGCCCGACGUGGGGCUCCAAUCCAUGACCCCAAGCUUAAGAGUCUCAUGCUGUACCGACUGAGCUAUCUCAGCUGCCUUAUACUGAGGUCAAACUCUUGGUCUAUUGAGCUCAGUAUUAUCUACGCCGACUGGCAGCAACUCUCCAGGAGUUUCAGACAGGGAAUCUUUUCUGCCCCUUGCCUGCAGAUGCUGGUCAACUGAGCCUGGGACCUUGCUGCCUGCAAAGCAGAUCUUGUACCCCUGAGCUAAGGCCUGUUCCUCUUAUGCAGACCUGCCCUGCAGCCUGGGGCUGGGAGGUUUUGAAGGCUGUUCCUUCAUACUGAUAUUAUCACAGUGCUUGUCCUCACAGUUUGGGAUCAUAGGAACUGCCCCAGGUAUGCCAGGAAAGCAGGCAGUUGCUGUGCGCAAGGAAAGGAACACUUCCUUAAAUGAAUCCUGCCUUCCGUUUUCCAUCUGCCUCUGACCUGGCUAUACUGUACAGUUAACAGGAAUGCUUUUGGUGCUCCUGUGCAGAACUUGCUCUGGUGUCCUACUUUUUUUUUUAGGAGAGCAAACCAGGCCCAGGAGUCUUUGUUCUUUAUCCUCCAUCCAUGCAGGUGGUGGCUACUGUCAUUGUGCUUGAGAGGACAGCAUGAUGCAUGUCCUCCUCCUCCUCCAGGACUUGUUUGAACUCCUCCUUUAGAGAAGGGAAGAUGAAUGCUCCCUCUGCACAUAAACGAGGAGAAUGUCUUUUGUGUUGGCUUGUCCUCGCAUCCUCGGCAACAGGCUUUGUAGCCUGGGCUUAGCAUAAUAGGACCUGUUUCUUCUUAAUGCUGGUCACUCUGGGCAGCAAAACCACCAGCCAAUAGGGGUCACUGCUACACUGUGGGUAUGGGCAUAUUUUGACUGCACACAAUCUGCUCCAGUGAUGCUCUUGUGUGUCCCCCAACUUCAUUCUUCCAGUGAGCCCCUUGAGGUCUGUGAAAAGAUUAAAAACAGGUAUCCCCACUACAUUGACUUGCCAGACCUGGGCCAUGGUAGCAGCCUCUGCUGGAGUGGGUGGGUAAUGGGCCCAGGUUGCCUGGAACUAAUUGGUUAUUCUGUAGCCAGGUCUCCAUACCGGAUCUGUCUUCUGCGCCAGCCUUGAAAGUGGAGCCUGGAUAUGGUAAGCUGGGAGCGCUGUGCAUGCGAUGAAACCUCUGGGCAGGGAUACUUGCUGGGGAAAGCUUUGCCUACUGGCACCUGGUAUCUUCCACAGUGUCUACAGCAAAACCUGUUGUAGUUUCUCGCUGUGAAGCUGUGUUAGCUUUAAAUUUUUGAAUGCAUGUGUGCCUGAAAAUGAGCAGUGGCCAGUGGCCUUCCUUUGGGAAGGAAGGUCUGUCCACCCAAGUCGAAGGGCAGAGAUUAUCCCCAGUGAAUUGCUCAGCCCCUAGACACAGUGCCAAUGCAUAUGUCAUGCAAGCUUCAGAUCUUAAGUGGGUUGCUGUUGAGAGAUGAAGUGCCAUUGCCUUGUUCCAGGCUCUGCUGCUCCGAAGCCUGCACCUGUCUCUGGCCCGGCCAGCCGCCCACCAUGGGCUGUGGAUCCUUCCUUUGCGGAGCGGUAUGCCCCAGAUAAAACCAGCACAGUCCUGAGCAAGCACAGCCAGCCGGCUACGCCAACACCGAUGCAGAACCGCAACUCCAUUGUGCAGGCUGCACAGCAAGCCCCUGAGAGUGCUGACAAAACGCCUAUCUGCUACCAGUGCAACAAGAUAAUCAGGUGAGAGUUGCAGCAGUGCGGAGGGAUCGUUCUCCUCCUUUUCCUCUCCCCCCUCCCCAAUUCUCGGAAGUGGUUUGUACAUACGUACACCUGCACCUCGCUUAGUCUGUUGCAGCCUGGAAUACUGGCUUCUGGAUGGGUGCACCGAUUCCACCGAUGGAUAUUGUGUGCAGAGGUGACCUGGAAGUUCGGUGCCUAUACUUGCAGUGGCUUGUUUGCAAAUGCGAGUUCCUUGCUUGAUGUUGGCAUGCUGCAAUCAUACUGUGCGGACCCAGUGGCAUAGCGUGAGUUGCCAGUGCCCAGGGCUGUGUGGAGGAAGGGAAAUGGACAGAGGACACACGCACAUUCAACUGCCUAAUGGCAUCCGCAUCACCCAGGAGUUUGCAGCCGCAGAAAUAAGAAAAGAAGAGUUGUUCCGUUGUCUGGAGAGGUCACUUCCUGGUUUGCAUGGAAAAUCUGUUUUCAACAGAGUGCAGCGCCAGAUGUGCAAAGUUGUAUUGAGGCAGCACUGGGUGCUGAAAUUUUGCACCCUGGGCAACCGUCCCCCAUGCUACACAAACCAGCCCUUGGAAGUGUUCCCUUCCAUGUACUGUAGACUCACGCUUCAUAACAACAGCUAGAAUUGUCUUCUGGCAAUGGAAAGGGAAAGACCCUGGUCGCCUGUCCUUUCCCCCAAUAGGCAAGAGGCCAGGCUCAUCACCCACCUCAAAGCUAACCCUUCCUCUUUUUGUUUUUCCACUAGAGGGCGCUACCUGGUGGCCCUGGGACGCUACUACCACCCUGAGGAGUUCACUUGCUCACAGUGCAGGAAGGUGCUGGACGAGGGUGGGUUUUUUGAGGAGAAGGGCUCCAUCUUCUGCCCCAAGUGCUACGACAUACGCUAUGCCCCCAACUGUGCCAAGUGCAAGAAGAAGAUCACAGGGGUGAGUUCGGUUGGAGCGCAGCCUUCGGGGAAGCAGUCCUACUCUCAAGCAUGCUGAGAGUCAGGAAGGGGUGGGGGCAGAAUCUGUGCACUCCACGUGGUUCUGAACUCCAACUCCCAUCGUCCUUCACUAUUAGCUGUGUUGGCUGAGGCUGAUGGGAGUUGGAGUCAGGCAACCUCUAGAGAGUCGCAGGUCCCACAUCCCUGAUGUUGAGAUUUCCCUUGCUUAGAAGGAGCCAGCCAUUGCUGUUAGCCCUUUCCACUCAGGAGUGAUCUUCUCCAGUUCCUUAUGUUAACUCAAGGGCUGAUGCUUUAAAGCAGGGGUGGGGGACCUCUGGCUGGCCUGUGGGGCCAUUUCUGCCCAACCAUGGUUGUGGGUCCCCCAUGUGUCUCUGCACAAAGCAGUUAUACCAGCCCUGCGGCUCCCAAGUGGCAGACAACCAGCUAGCUGUUAGGUAGUCGGGAAAUGCUAAUCAAGGGACUUUGACAGGUGUGUUGUCCUACUCACCUGUCACAGCUGACCCUUGGAGGUGUGGACAGCUAAGGAUCGGACAACUAAGCCAAAAAAAGUUCUCCACGCCUGCUCUUGCCAUAUAGUACAAACCUGAUAGACUUGUCUUGCUACUAUAUUUGAGGCUGGGGACUCCCAGACUCUGGCCUGCUCCAGAGAGCAAACAUAGCACAGCAAUGAGCAUGAGCUGGAACUCUGUUUCAAAUCUCAUAUUAGUCAUGAACUCACUUGGCAGGCUAGAGCAACCUGCUCUGUAUUCCGGCCUUCUUCACCCUCCCCAAAUCUGUGGAGGCUAAAUCCUGGCCUCCCCUACCAGGUUGUUGGGAUGGUUGAAAUAAUGUAUGGCUGGCAUGUGGAAAGUUCAGUAUUGCCUAUGUAGUGUGCUGUCUAAAUACCCUGCAUUGUUGGCAAAGGGCAGCCCUACAGUGGAGUGACUCGCGUUCUUGUGUUUCUUUAGGAAAUUAUGCAUGCCCUCAAGAUGACCUGGCACGUACAUUGCUUUAUCUGUGCUGCCUGCAAAACGCCCAUUCGCAAUCGUGCCUUCUACAUGGAAGAAGGGCAGCCCUACUGUGAGAGAGGUAUGGAUAAUACUUGGCUGUGGUACCCACAAAGUAGUGGGUCUUUCUUAGAAGUCUUUUAGAUAGCCUUUAAUUAACAUUCUGGAUUUAUAAAAUUGGAAGCAUAUGGGAUGUCCCAAGCUCCCCCUGGAAUGGGAGCAGCCAGCACCAAAGCAGCCUUCCUUGGAAGGGGUGGGUGGGGGGAUACCCCACAGAAACAGUUCCUAGUACUGACCUUCAGUGGCAGGGAGAGCUUGGGCAACAAAACACUUGCAAUGGCGUCCUCCUCUGACCCUGGUCUGGCUGCCCCUUGGUAAUGGUUGCCGGGCAGCGCCCGUUCUGCCAGGUUGCUAUGGAGAUCAGUAGAGUAGUACCUGCAUCACGUAAGCAUGCAGCAAAGCAUGCUGGGAAGUGUUGUUCUUUUCCUUUCAUUCCAGUCCUGAUAAACACAACUCUCUCUUGGAAUAUUCCAUUGGGAUGAGGUUUCUAGGGGGAGAAAGGCUUAGCAAAUGGAGUGGCUUCCCUCUCCACCCCCACAUUAUCUGAUGCUGUGAAACAAUCUGGAAUUCUCCCAGAUGAAUGAACAGCUGCCUUUCAUCAUAAGCCGGGUGGGGUGUGCAGGGCUCUUAACAGCAUGUGCAGCCUUGCUUGACAUGGCUGGGACGGUUGUCUGCCAUCUCUUCACGGAGUCUUUGGUCUUCCAGCCAGCCCAACAGGCUCCAGGGCAGCAUCAGAGCAUCUGUUGCUUAGCUCAGGAAGGGCUCUGAUCAGAGAAAAGCAAAUACUGGGGAGAGGACAGGAUUGUGGGACAGAAGCAAAGCUACAGAAACAGAAGGGAACCAAGAGCAGGAGCAGAGAACUGUGAAGCAGAUGGGGAAGGGAGCUGAGAUCACUGGGGCAGUGAACCAGACACUAGCAACCCAGUCUCUAGCUCUGUGGUAGAGUGCAUGCCUUAAAUGCGAAAGGUCCCUGGUUCAAUUCCUGGCAUCUCCAGGUAGGGCCGGGGAGGACAGGACUCCUUGCCAGUUGAUAUACAGACAGGCUUGGUGUUAAGGCAAGUGCCUUUGAUCCUAGCUGCUCUUUGAACAUGGUUCUGCAAUCAAAGCAGCCUCCCUUUGCCGAGCGGGUGAGUGGGACGGGUGGUGCUGUGGCAAUGGCUCAUGUAAGCAGCGGCGCUCUUCUUCCUAGCUCGGCCUCCAGAUUCUGAACACGUUGGCCUAAUCUCUCCUCCCCCUUCUCUCCCUGCCUCAAGACUAUGAGAAGAUGUUUGGAACCAAAUGCCGUGGCUGUGACUUCAAGAUAGACGCUGGCGAUCGAUUCCUGGAGGCGCUGGGCUUCAGCUGGCAUGACACUUGCUUCGUCUGUGCGGUGAGCACCUCUUUCCACCACCCACCACCCACCACUGGUCUAACUAACCCUUUCCAGCCUUUGCUCCAGGAGCAUUCUGUGAUAGAGGGACAUCGCUGGCAGGCAGGGGCAGCAAUUUGCUAGCAUGAAGCUUGUCAGAUGAGGCUUCUGAGCUUGGCUCUUUCCCUGGGGGUGGAGCUGUCUGGUUUAACCUUUCGUCCUUGCUUGCCUUUGUGGCAAGCACUCUCGGGUGCCUCCUGCUGACUGGCAAUGCCUUAGGUCUAGCAGGGCAGCGACUGUUGGGGGUGAAGCUGGGCAGCAGUGCAUUGGGUGGCUUUGCCCUUCCUCUUUUGUCCCUGUGGAUGAGCUGAAGUGGGUGGUGGGCCUGUGAGCGUGGAACUGAUGCUUGCCUCACUGAGUCCUUCCUCCCUUCCUUCCCCCCACAGAUCUGCCAGAUCAACUUGGAAGGAAAGACAUUCUACUCUAAAAAGGAUAAGCCCCUGUGCAAGAGCCAUGCUUUCUCGCAUGUGUGAGGAGGAGGAGGAAGCGGGUGGGGAAGAGGAGAUCUGACUGCCCAAGCUGCUGCUCGCCCAAGCCCUGCAUUCCUCUUUCCCCCACAUUUUGCCCUGUCCUGUCCUGAGAGAGCUGCCCCCACACUCCACCCCAAACCCUUCACUUGACAAUCAUUCCCAAUGGGGGAGCUGCAGUGCUCAGAUUUCCCUUCAGUACUCUGCGAGGAUUCAGGUACAUGGAUUUAGAGUCUGAGCUUUAGGCUGCUGCUCUUUUUCAAAUAGAAUUCCAUUCUGCACCAGCACUGAGUGACAGGGGCAGAAUCACCACCACCCUUCUCCAUGCUGUGAAGCCAUAGUGUCGCCAUAUGUCCAAAGGAUUUGCCCGUGCCUCUUGUCACUUUUGUGCCAGCUGCAGCCAAAGAGGUGGAGCCCCAGAAAUGUUACUUCCUAGCUGAAGGAUCCCAUAUGUUAGUGGCUGUUGCAAAGCAGGCAGAGUUGACACUUGGUCAUACCUAGGAGGUCUGUUAUCUGCCUCAGGUGUAUGUGAACACUUGCUGCCUCGCCCUCUUGGCUUUUCCCAAUGCCAGGGUAGGGCUCGUUCUUGUGACUUUUUGCCUCCUUUGUGUUGUAACUACCAACUUUGGCUCCUGUCUGCCUUUCCUUCCUUGAGAAGGCAUCGCAAGUGAUUUCUGUGAUCCAGGCCUGGCUCUGUCCUGCCUGUUAGUAUGUAUUUCCACUUUCAGUGAUGGAAACUCACCUACACGUAGACAUGUGGCCCUAGUGAAAUUGGGAAGAGCCAAGUCAAAAGUAAAAAAAGAAAAAGAAAGAGCUUUCUUUCCCCUCCCAAGACUUAGCCACUCCUUUCCUAGAGCUGGAAACAGACUACCUCCAAGGUGUGUAGAGCCUUGUUCUAUAAAGUUGUAACAGACCUCAAGCAAAGUAAUUUUAAAAUGCCAUGGAGAACAGAGUUGUCACAGGAUCCAGCCCUCUUCUCCACACCAGCAGAAGCUGCUUCUCCUCGCACCAUGAGAUGAACGUGUGAUUCACUCCCCAGCCAUACAACGCUGCGUUUGCUUGUAGCGCACAGCCCUGGGCUGGAUGUGGCCCCAGAGCAUCCCUACCAAAGAGUUAUUAUUUCUGAUUUGCUCUAAGUGUGUUUCCCAGAACCGUGCUGUCUGGCUGGGAGUCUUCAAUUCUUUGCCACCUUGGUGGUGCUUUGAAUGCCUAAUAAAAUAUGUCUUUAAUUCUUUUGUCAUGUAUCUGA